CAGUCAGUCAGGCAGGCGGCGGGAGCUGCGUCAGGGGGAGGUGGUGAGGCUGCGUGAGAGUGCGCCGCUGGCAGCCCCGGAUCAACGAGUCCCUCCGACCCACCCCGAGCCAGCACCGAGCGGGGGACCGAGCCAGCCGCCAUGCCCGGCAUGAUGGACAAACCCACCGACUUCCUCGGCAAGAGCCGCCACAACGGCACCAAGAGCCCGGCCAGCGCCUCCAACGGCCAUUACUCGGAGGAGAGCGGCAGCGACGACGAUCACGGUGGUAGCCUCGAACUGUGUGUGUGCUGUGUGUGUCCCCCCCCGGCGGCCCGGCUAGAGCUCUCUGCUUUCUCUUACAGAUAUCGGCAUGAGGGUGGGAGCCGACUUCCAGGCCCGGAUCCCGGACUACGAGCCCGGUAAUUAACCCCCUGCUGCACUCUGACACGGGCUGGGGCUGGGGCUGGGGGAGGGUGGUAGCCUCGGUACAGAGGGAGGACUGUGAGUAACCAGGGACUGUGAGUAACACGGAGACCGGGGGACUGUGAGUAACCAGGGACUGUGAGUAACCAGGGACUGUGAGUAACCAGGGACUGUGAGUAACAAGGAGACCGGGGGACUGUGAGUAACCAGGGACUGUGAGUAACAAGGAGACCGGGGGACUGUGAGUAACACGGAGACCGGGGACUGUGAGUAACACGGAGACCGGGGGACUGUGAGUAACAUGGAGACUGUGAGUAACAUGGAGACUGUGAGUAACAUGGAGACCGGGGGACUGUGAGUAACAUGGAGACUGUGAGUAACAUGGAGACCGGGGGACUGUGAGUAACAUGGAGACUGUGAGUAACAUGGAGACCGGGGGACUGUGAGUAACACGGAGACCGGGGGACUGUGAGUAACACGGAGACCGGGGGACUGUGAGUAACAUGGAGACUGUGAGUAACAUGGAGACUGUGAGUAACAUGGAGACCGGGGGACUGUGAGUAACAUGGAGACUGUGAGUAACAUGGAGACUGUGAGUAACAUGGAGACCGGGGGACUGUGUGAGUAACAUGGAGACCGGGGACUGGGAGUAACCGGGACUGUGAGUAACAUGGAGACCGGGGACUGUGAGUAACAUGGAGACUGUGAGUAACAUGGAGACCUGGGACUGUGAGUAACAUGGAGACCUGGGACUGUGAGUAACAUGGAGACCUGGGACUGUGAGUAACAUGGAGACCUGGGACUGUGAGUAACAUGGAGACCGGGGGACUGUGAGUAACAUGGAGACCGGGGGACUGUGAGUAACAUGGAGACCGGGGGACUGUGAGUAACAUGGAGACCGGGGGACUGUGGGUAACAUGGAGGCCGGGGGCUGUGAGUAACGUGGAGACCGGGGACCAGGUCUGGGGGUAACGUGGAGACCAGGGACCAGGUCUGGGGGUAACAUGGAGACCAGGGAUCAGGUCUGGGGGUAACAUGGAGACUGGAGAGACCGGUCGGGUCACGGAGGGGGGGUAACAUGGAGACCAGGGACCCGGUCUGGGGGGGGGGUAACAUGGAGACCUGGGACCCGGUCUGGGGCUAACAUGGAGACCAGGGACCCGGUCUGGGGGUAACAUGGAGACCAGGUCUGUGAGAGGAUCCUCAAACCUUCUCAGCCCACACAAUAUCUAUGGACUAUAUUACCCAAGAGCAUUGUGGGGGGGGUAGUCCAUAAGCAUUUGGAGUGCUGAGGUUGGCCGUUACUGCUAUACACCAUGCUUAUUUAAUGCAAUUUGUUUUGCAGUUAGAGUUGUUUAAUUUAUUUUAUGAAAUGAACUAAUAAUAAUUCACGUUUGGUGUGAUAAUAAGCGUAAUACCCCAUGCAACCAGGUUAGUGGGAUCUCCCUUAUAUCUCAACAGAAUGACGGACAUAGCUGGUGUCUGGCUUGUAAGUGAUUUGUAAAUUGCAGGGUUUAUUACGAAUGUUUGAAUUUGUGACUUCAAAUGGAGUUUAUUCACGCAACAAUUAGCCAUAGCGAAUUUAAAUAGAAAUGGAUGGCUUUAAAGGGACACUAUAGACACCAGAACCGCUACGGAUUAAAUGUAGUUGUUCUGGUGUCAGUAGAGUGCCCUUGCAUGCUGUUUAAUUUAAACAUUGCCUUUUCAGAGAAACGGCAGUGUUUACAUUGCUGCCUAGUAACACCUCUAGUGGCAGUCACUCAGACUAGCAUUCAGCAUCUCUAAACUCACUACUACUAGCUAUCCUCAUGACAGCCUCUAGUUGGUGCUUCUAUGUGCAGAGCAGAGUUCUGUGACUAUUGACAUUAAUCGUGGAGAAGCAUUUGAUUAAAGGAGAAGCCUAAAUAGGUUCUAGGACAUUAUAUGGUUAGAAAUGCAUGUUAGUAUUAUUGAUGUUAUAGUGUUCCUUUAAAAUUUUAGCUACACUAGCUGUUUUAUAGGGAGAAAAAUAUCAAAUUCAGCUGUGUUUUCAGUUUUGCAGGUUUGGCCUUAACUUUGAAUUCCUGACAAUUUACAAUUUAAUAGAUAAUUAACCUGGUAUGUUACCCAUGCUUGUAAGCCAGGAUGGCCUUUGGCACAUAAGCUCUUGUGGACUAGGGUUUGCAUGAUUCUCUGCCUGAGUAAGCUAGGGAAAUUGAUUAUAUAUGGUACAACACCACGAGUGCCAAGUAGUCAAUGAUAUGCCAUAAAUGUCACCUUAUUUCAUAUUUUUACUGGUACAUUAGAUCUAAUUAGUCAUGAAUGAAAGGCAUCUUUUUCAUGCCUUCAUUUUAUUUAUUUAUUUAUUUAUUUAUUUAUUUACUUAUUUUCAAAGAUUAUAUUUGGCGGUCCACAACAGCUUGAGUGUCCAAAGGCUAUCAAUUUAGGGCUCAUCUCCAGGGCUUACCUCCAGUGAAUUCAUACAGUUAGAAAUAGGUGUGUAAUCUCAUCCUAGCUAUAUCUCCUGGAGCUGGGCUGUGGGUGGCCAGGGAAGAUUAUUUAAAAUUACUGGUAAAUACUUAAUGGAGAGCCCACACCAGUGGUCUUAUCCAAUUAAAUGAAUGGUUAUAGUGCUUACAGUGUCCCAUUACUAUUAACAUCAUUGGGCACUAUGGAAGUUAUUUUGCCAUACUUCAGCAAGUUGUUUUAUUUAAUUUUUAAUUUUGUUGAAAUGAGGUGGUCAGAAAUGAUGGUAAUAUUAGUGAAGUGUUUUCAUUUACAAUGAAAACGAGUGCAUUAUAUUUAGAAAUACCCUGCUUAUUUCCCAUAUCUUAUUUGGAUUUUACCUAAACAAUUUGCAAAUUGUAAUUCGCAAAAGAUGCCAGUAAUUAAGAUUUCUUACUGAAGGAGAAUUCAGCACUCUUUGCUAAUUGAGGCCUGAAGUAGAUGCAAUUACAUAGUUUGUCAUAUACUUAAUUAAUUAAUGAACUGCAUGUCAUUGAAAUCCACAGAGGCCUUCCAUGAGCCAACAUGCUUUCAAAUGCAGUGUGGGGAGAAUUCACAAGAAACCAGCCAUGGAAAUAUGACAUGGUAGACAGACACACAAUUUCUUCUGUACCUUGUGCUGUCCAAAUUACCUGGAAAUGUUAUUUAAUAAUCAUUCCACCAUACACUUUUUGCAUGCCUUCAAUAGAGAGGCAUACACUACCACUGUGCAAGAUGUGCACAUUCCACAAUGCCAGCUGUUCAAUCCCAGAAUACUGUGCACAAAUAGCAUUCUGGGAUUUGGCUGCUAGCAUUGUCAUUUGCACGGAGGCUGUGUAUAUCACACUGAACAUGAGAUGUGGAAGCAAAUUUCAAGCAAGUAUUUGCUGGCUGUUGUAAACAACGCAUAUAUAUAAUAUAUACAAAUACUUUAUUGAAGUGGACUUGUCAUUGACAUAUUUAUGGAUAUCUGGUUCUUUUUCUUGAGUCCAAUACUCAUGUUGGUAAGUCCAAUCGUGUUAUUUUCCUAACCCAAGCAGCGGGCAACAAGGAAAUAAUUAAACGUCUGUGCAGAUAUUUUUUGAGUGACUGUUCGGUGUAAAUCUGUGUACAUAAUUUGAGCGAAAGCAUAUCUUUUUCAGAUAAACCAAAACAGUUAUUUGUUUUGGUGUAUUAUUAAAAGUCCUCCAAAACUUCUUCCUGACCAGUGCCAUCCAGCGAUUAAGUAAGCAAAUUUUGGAACCUCUUUUUCCUUCUUUCAAGAAGCCUGCAGCCCAUGUUAUGAAACAUAGAAUGUUAAAUCUAAUUUGUGUUUCACAUGAGGUUGUAGUAUACAUUACCUCUAUGCAUAGCUGUGCAUCCACUAUUGUCAUUUAUAGUUUAUAUUGCGUAUAUAUAUUUCUCUUCUUAUUUUUCUCUCUAUUUGGCCAGCACAAUGCACAAAUGAUGAACAUUUUCCUAAUGCAAGCUAGAAUUAGAAUGUAUUGUUAUGGUUUGUUUGUGUGUUCUCCUACGUAAAACAAUGAAUAAAAAGUUUUUUUUAAUUUGAAAAUCUCUGCCUACAUUAUUUUUAUUUUAUAACAGUUUAAUUCAGUAACAUAUUGAGUUUAAUGAAAGGCGCAUAGUCUGCAAACAUGAUGAGGGCAGCCUUAUCCUUGCCAUAUUUUGUAUUUAAAAAUAAUAAUCUGCGAGAUGCUUAUUUUUCCUGGCAGAUCUUCUAGUUAUCAUAGAUGUAUAUAGUUAGCCUCUUGUCACUUGUUUUAAGUCUUAUUCUUCAGGGUGCCAGCAAUAAGCUCUUGUUUAGGACUAUCGUGCAAUUUCUGCAGGUCGAGAAGAUAAGCUGCAAAUGUGGCUUUAAUAUUUCACUGUAUGGUCUAAAAGCUGAAGGGGGGAAAAAACACUUGCUGCAGCCUGGCAAAAAUGAAUGAAGUUUCUUGCAGAAAUGCUCUUUGAUACUAAUGGAGCCCGAAGGGAAUGACUCUUUGUCGAUUCUUCCUAUUUUAACCUUUUAUGGAAAAGAACUAGGCAUAUCCUAUAUCAGAACAGUCCUGGAAACGUCUCAGGAACAGGUUAGAGCAAUGCAACGGUCACGAGUUGAACAAUCUAAAUGUGAUGCACUUUUCAAUGUUAAUUUUCCUGUAAAUAGUUUAAUAUUAUUAAAACAUGUCUGUGGUUUUUUGUUUUUGUUUUUUUUUUAACCAUGUCUGGUCAGCUGAAAAGUAAAGCAUAGGACAUUAAAAAAAAACAAGCUCACAAUAAAAUGAAUAGUAACCGAAAUAGAGAACCUGAACACAAAUAUUGGUGUUUCAAAACAGUAAAAUGUAUCACAACAAUAUCAUCAGUGAAAGUUCCUUUUGUGUGUGGAAAAAUGCAAAAACCGUCACUUUCACUGACAAUAUCAUCGCUUUGAUGUGUUUUACGGUUUUGAAACACUAAUAUUUGUGUUAAGCGAAGUCUCUCGAGUAAAACAGUACCCCCAUGUACAGGUUUUAGGGUGUCAUGGAAAGUUACAGGGUUAAAUACAGUACUAGCAAAUUAAAUUAUUGGACUUUUGGCCUGGGUUGUCAGGCAGGUCCCUCAAAUUGCAAUCAAUAAAAUUACCAAAUGAUGUUAAACGAUUACAUAAAUAUAUACGUAGAAUUUAAAUAUAUAUACAUGUUUUUAUAUUUGAAGUCUAUGUGUAUAUUUGUGAAAUUAUUUAUGUAAUUAUGUACAUGGACAUAUGUAUAUUUAGUAAUAUAUAUAUAUUUAUUUUUAUUUUUUUCAUUCUAAGUGUAUUUUCAUAUAUAUAUAUAUCAAUCAGAAUUAAGUUAGAAUAAAAUUACAUAUAAAUAUAUAUUUAAUUUAUAUAUGUGUGUAAUUUUACUCUAAGUGUAUUUUACAUUGUCUAAGGGCAAUGUAAAACACUGCCUUUUCUCUGAAAAGGCAGUGUUUACAUGAAAAUGCCUGAAGGGAGCUAUUACACUCACCAGAACAACUACAUUAAGCUGUUCUACAUUAGUUGUUCUGGUGACUAUAGUGUCCCCCCUUUUAAUAAAUUUUUUUUAAAAAUAAAAUAUUAUAUAUAUAUAUAUAUAUAUAUAUAUAUAUAUAUAUUUUUUUUUUUUAAAUUUAAUGUAGUUGUUCUGGUGAGUGUAAUAGCUCCCUUCAGGCAUUUUCAUGUAAACACUGCCUUUUCAUAGAAAAGGCAGUGUUUUACAUUGCCCUUAGGGACACCUCCAAGUGGCCACUCCUUAGAUGGCCACUGGAGGGGCUUCCAGGCUUAGGGCUGCACAGUAAGCAGCCCUGCUGUUCAGCAUCCCCACGCUCUGCAUAGAGACGCAGAAUUUUCCUUAUAGAGAUGCAUUGAUUCAAUGCAUCUCUGAGGAGGUCUUGAUUGGCCAAAACUGCAUUUGGCCCCGCUCCCGUGACGAUUUUAGCCAAUCCAAGGCUUUCUCCAUGGGAAAGCAUUGGAUUGGCAAAAAAUUGGCCAUUUUGAUGUCACAAAGGGUGCAGACCCGCACGGCGCUGGAAUUAAGGUGAGUUUUAAACUUUUAUGGGGGUGGGUGGCAAGCCACCUAAAUGGUGGGAUUAGCACUAUAGGCUCUGGAAUACAUGUUUGUGUUCCUGACCCUAUAGUGAUCCUUUUAACUUUUUUCUUUUAAAACUUUUUUUUUUUUACUUUUUUCACCAGCAGGGGGACUGCCUAUCAGUGCAGGCAGUCCCCCAGCAGGCAACUCUAUGCACGCCUAUUGCGGCCAUGUAAUCGCUCUUUCAGAGGACCCAUGGGGUCCUAUUUUCCAGAGGGCUGGGCUGUCACACAGUUCCCCCCCCCUCCCCCAGUGGAGAAGAAGACCAGGGGAACGGCAGUGAUCGGGUAAGUAAUUUAGGAUUACCACAGACGUACUGGGGAGGUAUAAAUAAAUACUGAGAGCCGCGGGGUGGGGAAUGUACAAGGUACGUCCGAGGUCGUUAAUGACCCUUUUUUUUUUUUUUUGUCAGACGUUCCUGAUACGUCCUUGGUCACUAAGGGGUUAAGCUGUAUUUGCUCUGGUGACUAUAGUGUCCCUUUAAAAAAAAAUGGUUUAAUGCUAAAUGGAAGGACAGUGCCAGAGGGUUCCAUGAACACUUAAUGACAUGAAGCAGCUAUAGUGCAGACAGAGUCCAAUCAAGUAGUGUUAUUCUUCAGUAGUUGCUUAGUGGGAAGAAUACCCAACUCAGGAAAAUAGUAGGAGAUGGUAACCAGCCCCACUAUAUAAUGUUGGACAAAUAAUAAUACACUAGUGCAGUGUUUAAUUUAUUCUAGCCCUUUGUAUAAACUGGCUUUAUUCAGUUUACACUGCCCUACUUAGCAGUAUUAACUACAACCCCCGUUUAAAAAAAUUUUUUUUUUAUCUAACGAUAGAUAGAGAGAUAUAUAUAUUUCUAUAUAUCUCUAUAUCUAACUGUUUUGUGUCAGGAAUAUAAACCUGUAUUCCUGUCCUAUGUUGUUAAAAAUCCUCCAUGUUAGGUGGCCAACCCCGCCCCUUUUAAAAAGGGUAAAACUUACCUUUAUUUCAGCACCCUUUCUCAGCCUCUUUGGCUGGGAUCAGAUUUGAUUAUCUCAGCCAAUCCAGUGCUUUCCCAUUAGAAAGCACUGGAAGGCUAAUGCACAUGUGAGGCAAAAAGCUCUGCUGUGCCAAUCAGCAUCUCCUAAUAGAGAUGCAUCAUAUUCGUGCUUCUCUAUAGGGAACAUUCGUCUCACUACAGCACUGACCCAGGAAGCCCCUCUAGUGGCUGUCUUAAAAUGCAGUGUUUACAUUAAAAUGCCGGCAGGGGCAGGAUAUAGACACCAGAACUACUACAUUAAUCUGUAGUUUUCCUGGUGACUAAUGUCCCCUUAAACAUCCUUGGUCAUCCCUCCCCAUUGCAAGGAGUUACAUACACUCGCUCUCUGUCUCAUGUUAAAGAGACACUCUGAGCUUGGUCAAGUGCAUUAUGUGUGAAGAUUGUGUUGUCUUUUUAUUUUUUCUUCUUCGUUUUACAAAAAGUGCAGAUUUAGUUUUAUAAAUUAAUCUAUCACACUUUUUUUUUUGCAGUGCAUUAGAUUAUAACAGGAAGGCUUGAGGUACCCCAACGGCAAUCCUCAGGCAUAGUAUCACACAUUUCCCUUGGGGUAGUAGAGCGGACACGCACAAUUUUAUAAUAGGAACAAGAAUUGGGAAAACACAAGAAAAACAGGACAUUCCUCAUGGGUACAUUCUGUUAAUAUACUGAUGUGUAGCUAGAAACAUAAUGAAAUAACAUGCUAGGUUAGGCUUGUGUGUCACUAAAACUGUCAUAACAUAACAAGCUAAAUAGACUGCUGUGUAGCUAGAGACGUAAUGAAAUAACAUGCUAGGAUAGGCUUAUCUGUCGCUAGAAAUGUCAUGGCAUAACCUGCUAGGUAUGAUAUAUACGAGUUAGGUUUGCCACUGUGUCACCCCUUUUUAGAGCCUUUAUUUUCACCUGCAAGGGUAGCCCCCUUUGUGUCGUCCCGUCCCCCUCAGCACUUCCAAUGGUAUAUCGAGAGAAAAAUAAAAAAAAUCAUGGCUGCGACUUAGUAUGUAGCUAAGCACAUAACUAGGAAUAAUGGUACAGGGUUAUAAGGUGAUGGUAAUCGUCUUUUAGCAGAAUGCAGGACUCCGUUGUCUAAGUCCUGCACAGUGAGUCCAUCCUCAGCCUAUGCCAGUACUCUGAGGUCGGUAGGGACACCCAUGGAGUGUUGCCACACAGGCGCAGAGAGAGUGUUCCCCGUUUGGCUCUCAGCCUGGAUGGGCAUUUGAAGGUUGUUGUGUGCUUGUGCUUAUUCGGUGUGCCCGGAAGGGGUCUGCUCACAACCUGUUCUCCUCCACCAUGCUCUUUCCCCCUGCUUCGAGCCGGCUCCGCUAGAAAAUGAGCCUUUAGUUGAGCCCAGAAGCGGUCGAAUGGCUUCAUCGAUGUGUUGCGUGAGGCUGUCUGUUGUGGGCUGGUGCAGGCUGUGGGAGCUCGCGCUCCGUGUGCUUGGUCGCCAUUUUGGAAGCUUAUGCUGCUGUCGGGACUCGUAUCGAGCAGGCUGCUGGUAGCCGAGCAGGGCACAAGGAGUGAAUCAGUGGGGACCGGGAUAAUUUCAGCAACGGAGGCACUCGGGACCGGUACCCCCAGGUGCAGCAUCGCGUCGCGGACAAGAUUAUUGCUGGCAGUGGGCAUUAUAGGUAAGUGGACCGGGAAUAGUCCCCAAUAAUCAAGUACAUAUGUGGUAGCUGUUGCUGAACACGUCCGAUCCGCAUGGCAGUCAAGCUCCGCCCCCCUCUCACACCUUUUAAGUGGUUAACAGGCCCUAUUUAGUGGAGCUAAACUCAAGAGGCAGGCAAUUUCCUAGAGCACCUGCCUUGCGAGAGACAUCUCAUUGAGCUACGUUGAAUAGUCUGUAACUAGACAGUCACAGACCUGUGGAAGAAGGGCGAGGCUUGCAAAAGCAGCAGCAAAUAGAAGUACAACUUUUGCAAGUGAUUAGUUAUAAACUCAAUGCAAAAAGGGGCAUAAUUAAAGGCAUGUUUUUAUUUGGGUAUAUCUAAUUUAAUCAGUUGGGGGGAGGGGGGGGGGUAGUGGAGUGUUCCUUUAAGCUGCUUUACAGAACUAAUAGCUAGUCUACCCUUUUAGUCAUGGAGAUGUGGUUUUCUUUUGGUAGCAAAGACUUUAGUUGGAAAACCUUUAACACAGACCUCUUGAAUUAGAUAAUACUACUGCUCUUUAUAGAUCAUAUUACUAUAUUACUACUGUUCUUUAUAUCCCUUCAAACUCCAUGCCUAAAGGUUUUGAAAAUGAGCAAUAUUCUGUCUUUUUUUGGAUUUAGUCAUUAGUUCUGCAAACUUUUAAUCACUAUUUAAUCAAAUUUGGUUUUAAAUAGAGACUAGUCACCCAGACACUUCUCAUUCUGAGAGCAAGUAGAGGUGCUUCCUCUGCACUGAGCAAGUAAAACUCGGUCAUGUGACACAGAAGCUAAUAGGAAAGCAUUGAAUACAAUGCUUUCCUAUGGGCAAGCUUGGAGGUGUGAGCAGCUCUAGAUUGCAGAGUCAUGUGAUUGCUCAGAGACUUCACAUUGAGCUUCAUUGGUGAAGUAUGCUAAUAAAGAGCAGCAGAAAGUCUGAACUGGGUUAAAAUGGGGGGGGAGGGAGGAAAUGCAAAAGGCUACUGCUUUUGCAAGCCUUUUUGAGAUAUACCAGCAAUGAAAAUAAAUAAAUUCAUGCAUGUUUUCAUUGGAAGUAUAUGUACUGAAAAGUGAUUUCAUUGUAUUUGGCUAGUGGAGUGUCCCUUCAAGUCUCCAUGGUCAUACAAGCUUUGAAGCUUCUGGAGACAUCUUGGAUAUUGCUAUCCCAGACGAUUCUGUUUGCAGCCAUGAUUACUUGUGCUAGCAAAUUGUCUUACUGACUGGCCUGUUUCCUGUAAAGUACCCGUUUCUUGCAACUGACUUCCCAGAAGCAAGUUAGAAGGUUGUGUUAGCCUUUCUAUGUCCCGGGAGAUAACUCGUUCUGCCUUCUCUGUACGGAGAAAUGAUUGUGCUAUAAUCUGGUUGUUAUUCUUUGGUACCAUAAAUUAACAGAUCAGAGCAUUGAGGACGUUGGAGAGACUUUAUUCCACCGACAGGCUCAUUGUCAAGACUCGAAGGCUCACUAAUGAAUUCGAAGUGGCCAAAAUAUCCAAAUUGGAAAACUUCUUAAUUCAGCUUUGCUUCCAAGUCGACUACUUUGUUAUGAAACUUGAAAUUCUCUUUGAAUUUACUUUUAAUUCUUACUUUAGUGAAUAACUCUGAUUGCUGAGUAGAAGUAUGACUGCUGUCUUCUUCAAUGCCUACAGAGUAUAGCAUGUUCUCCCCAUUUCCCCAAGACUGAAUACUUCUCUGGCUAUGUCUUGUGUUUGCACCAAGAACAUUUGCCAGUUGGCAAAUCAGUCUUUUAUAUCGUUAUCAACUAAUUAGUUUGGAUAUACUGGUAGUUAUUCACAAUAGUAACUAAAAUGUAUAAUGGGACACCCAUCCUCUUAGUCCGUAGCUCUGUAAAUUUUCACAGGUAAUACUGCUGUGGAUAGCCAGGAAAAAAUGUGGAAAUGUUGUUGGACUUUGUUAAACAGGUUCCUAAAGAGCCUGACUUAGACAUAGAUUUUAGCAUGAUCGUACAGCUGAAAACCCAGGUCCAAAUGUUUAAAUACAGGGCCAGAAUGAUAAAAUCUGGAUUUGUAAAGUCCGACCUACUUGGGCGAUGUAUUUUAAAAGUCCGACCUACUUUGGUGAUGUCUGCUAGUGCAGUUUAUAAAAAGACAAAAAAAAAACUAAGUGUGGGAAGGCUAGCCAGCCACCACAGUAAAGAGUUUUUAAAAAGCCUAUUUGGAUCAAUGUGGCCCUCAUUUAACUGUUCCUGGCCUCCUGGGUGGUUAUGGGUUCCAAAGCCUGUACCAUUAAAUAAGUUCCUUUCUACCCUCUCACUCUAAUAAUAGUGGGGGUAGGGGCGAUAAACCUAAUACUUGCAAAAAAUAAAAUCAUACUUAACUUCAGAAUUCCCUUUUCUUUUAUAUUCUUCUUUUCUCAGAAGCAAAACAUGUCAAAUAAAAAUCCAUAAUAUACCAACCCAACUAUUACCAGUAAGUAAAGCAAUGAAUACCAAAAAGUGCUGAAAAAUGUAAAACGGCUAGAGAUGAAUCCCUUCGGUACUGGAGGUAUAUCUCCACCUCAAUGUCAUUAGCCAGCCACUGUCCUUACAUUAGUCCCUACUCCAUGACAUCAACAGAGAAAGGGGUUACUAUAAUCAAAACCAGCACGCUUUUACUGUUGAGGUAACCCUUUAAUGUGAGCUUUAUUGCAGUGAUACUUUCUUAUGAUACAAUACAAAUAUUGCUUUGAGAAGCGCCAUGUUUCAAAAAUAAUUUAUGAAUUUCCUCAAUUUUUAGAAACAGAUUAUGUAUCUAUAUAUUUCUUUCCAACAUGAUAACCAUGUAUCAGGAUUUUCCCUAACAAUGCAUAUUAUAUUAAAGGUGCCACAAAGUACACCGAUAAAGACAAUGGAGGGAUGUUGGUGUGGUCUCCGUGCCAUAGUGUACCAGAUCUGAAAUGUAAGUUGUAUUUCCUUAUAAUUAUGAAUAUGCAUGUGUAAUAAUUACUAAUUCAUCUGUCAUGUGCAAUCUGUCUGGAUGACAUAUCCUCAUUCAGGUAGGUAAAUCUAAACUAUACAAGGUGCAGUCAAAAUCUCCAGCAAAUGUGUCUUUUUGCAGACUUAUUCCACCACUAAGAGCAACCUGGAUUGGUUGGCGCAGUUUGCCACCCCUACAAAUUGCUUUCUUUAUCCUACAAUUAGAGUACAGGUAUGUGCUAGGAGAUUUGAGAGAUGACUGCAGAAAGUCUGCCUAUAACUGCAUUCAUGGCAGCUUUACAUGCAGUGCUUUAUGCUAUGCUGAUAGCAUACCAAUAACCAAGGAAGGUCAUUGUAAUAAAACACCAAGUCAUGUUAGUUAGGUAGAUUUGCAAUCAGUCUAGCUAGCACAAUGUGUCAAAGCAGUUGUAUUCUCUUUGACACAAUGGAAUGUUAGAAUUUAUUGGUAAACUUUUAUAUUAAAUACGAGUAUCUUUUUUUUAAUGAUGUAUAAAUAUACUUUGUCACCCCUCUGGGUAGUAUAUUGUGUAUUCCUCAUUCUCAGGUCCUCUUCUAGAGGCCUGGGAGUCUGAGGGUUCUGUAUCUUAGUAGCUGUUCCUAGAACUGCCGUUCUGGACAGCAAUCUCAGAUGUCCCAUCUGGAAUAUGCUGAAGCCACUCCCAAGUGCUCAUGUCCAGCAAUGGUUUGUUUCAAUGUCCCAUUUGUCGUCAACUUGCCCUGGUUCCUUAAAGGACCACUCUAGGCACCCAGACCACUUCAGCUUAAUUAAGUGGUCUGGGUGCCAGGUCCCUCUAGGAUUAACACAUUUUUUUUAUAAACAUAGCAAUUUCAGAGAAACUACUAUGUUUAUAAAUGGGUUAAUCCAUCCUCCAAAUCCUCUAGCGGCUGUCUCAUUGACAGCCACUAGAGGCGCUUGCAUGAUUCUCACUGUGAAAAUCACAGUGAGAACACGCAAGCGUCCAUAGGAAAGCAUUAUGAAUGCUUUCCUAUGAGACCGGCUGAAUGCGCUCGCAGCCAGCCGAAUGGGAGGAUCGGAGGCGGAGAGGAGGAGGAGAGUUCCCCGCCCGGCGCUGGAGAAAAGGUAAGUUUAACCCAUUUAAUCUCCCCUGGCACUAUAGUGGUCCUUUAACAUUUGACGCGGGCCUUCUUAAUUCGGGCAACAGAUUUUAGUUUUUUUUUUUUUUUUUAAUAGGAGCCAUGUCUGUACAGUUUUGGCACCCUCAGAAGUUUUUCUAAUGUAUUUUCCUAUGGCAAAUGGUUCAAAUAUAAAAAUGUUUUAAAAUGUAUCAAUGCAUAGUAUUAAGAAUAAAUACUAAUCUCAAUGUAUAUUUUUUACAGUGGAUGAAUAUAUUGCAAUAGCAAAGGAGAGGCAUGGCUACAACGUGGAACAGGUAUCUUGGAGUAUAAGGCUUUUAAAUAUUAAUGAGCGAUGGCACUUUUUUUUUAUUCUGUAGCAUUUAUUCUUCAAUAUAGGAGUAAGUUGUACCAUAAAUAUUAAUAGGCACUUUAAGAAAGGUUUGCCUCCUCUACUUCUAGAUGUAAGCUCUCUGUCGAAUCUAUGCUUAGCAGUGCAAGGCUAAGCUCAUCGUCUCACGCUCUCAGCCAACAAGUUAACCUUGCGUUGCAAGGGUUUUACUAGGGAGAGCUAACUGGUGCUUCUGAUUAGGAGCCUCUGGCUCUACUUUGGAAAUAGGGGAGGCAGGUACCCAAAGUAAGAAGUCAAACUGUUCUAAAAAUAUUUGACUAAUUACAGUGGGGCAGAACACGCCUAGCACCAUAGCCACCAUAGCAUGCUGUAAUGGAUAUGGUACUUGGAGUGUUCCUUUAAUAAAAAUACACCUUUUAUUUCUUACCUACAGGGAUACUAAUGUACAAUUGCAAUAGUAGUAGAAGUAAAUGUUUUCAGUACAGAAAUGGUUACUCACAAUAGAGGUAAUGUAACAUAUUAAAUAAGGAUAAGGCAGCAGAUAAAUCUCUCUCUCUCUAUGUGUGUGUAUAUAUAUAUAUAUAUAUAUAUAUACACCCACACACACACACAGUGCAUUAUGAAAUUGUUUGAAAUUAUUUUUGUUCACAUCAAUGUACAGAUUUGACACCCUUGCAAAUGUAUUAAACCAUUAAGCCAUUCAUCUCUGCUGAUCCUCUCAAGCUAUGUCAGGUUGGAUGGGGGCCAUUGCUGAACAACCACUUUUUUUUUUAAAUUCUUUAUUUUAUUUUGUGCAACAAGAUGUACAGACAAGCCUGUGGUGCCCCAACAGCAGGCACAGGCGCAGUUAAGCAAUGCUUUAUCAUGGCAGAAUACAGUCGCACAUUUUGGUGUUACAGGGUGUAAACGUAUGGUCAUUAACAAUAGGUAUGAAUAAAAAAAGUAAAAAAAGUAUGUGUUUUUGAGUAUGAGAAAAUACCCAAAGAAAUAAUAGGAUACACAAACAUUACCCUUAAGACUGUGCUGCUGCAUACCCUCCCAAUAUACACUGAAAUUGGAGCGGUAGUCUCCAGGGGGCUCAGGUACUUUUUAUGGUAGGGGUCUGUGGGUUUAAAAACUGACAUCUGACCCACCCUUCGUUGUACAAACCAUGCUCGGACCUGGUGAUCUCAUAGUGAUGGCGCCAACAAACAAUCUUUGGUUACAUGUCUUGAUAGCAACGCCACGCAUGGGUCAUAGGCCCAUCUUAUACGAGUAAGGUGGCCCCCGUGGGACAAUUAUGCUUGUGGCAACCCUUCAGCUUAGGGCUAUGCAAAAAAUGAUGUCUUAGGUAUAAAAAAUAUGCAUGUUGUCUCAAUCUGUGUCAAAUUAACUAUUUCAGGUACAACUUCCUGUUAUGUGCCAGUGCCUCUCCCGCGAGAGCCACACUUAAUGAGCACAAUUUGAGUUAGUAAAUUACAGUCAUUAAUGUCAAUAUCAGUAAAGCCUGUGCAUCGUAUAUGGUCUAAGGCUGUGCAUUUUAGUACUUAGCAGGCUGGGGUGCCUUAGUUAAAUUUCACCUUAUUGCGGUGUUGCCGCCCCUAAGUAAAUCUUAAUAGCAGACAGUGAGGUGAUAAUAACGAGAAAUAAAAAAUCAAAUUAACAAAAAAUAUAGAAUAUAUAAAAUAUAAUAAAAGUUAAGACACAGAGAAUUAUCAAAAACAUGUACAUUUGCCGUUUGUCUCUUGUAUGUAUAGAAAAAUUGCAUCUGGCGUGCCAUAGGCUUAGUACUUAUAACUAAGGGUUACCGCAGUAGCCAUAGGAGUGAACGUUUCUACACUGGGAAAGAGGCUGGCACAGUCCCGGUGGAGCGGGGUCAGGGCUGAGGAGGCCCAGGAGCCGCCGGUUGUUCCCUGGCUGGUUAGGUCUUGGUCGGGUUCAGCAAUCGUGAUUUUUUUGUGCGCUGUUCCCGCUUCGUUGACUGGUCGUCUCUCUAGGCUGGACCCCUCAGAUGUGGAGGUUGUAACUGUGGCCUGUGUGGAGGCAGUCUGCUGCAAUAGGUGUAGCGCCUUUAGGAAAAGCGGUCAUGAUGGGUGAUGCUUCCGCUGCGGGUCUCACUCCUAGUGCUGCCACCGCUGCGUUGGCAAAUUCGAGGAUAGCAUCUGGGCCCGCGCUCUCGGGCGCCCCGCGGAUCCGCACAUUUUUCCUGCUGUGUCUGGCCUCUACUGAUGUGACCGCUCGGGUGAGUCCUUGUAUUUGCUCGGACAUUGUUUUCAUUUGGGCCCGUGUCUCCAACAGCUCCUGCUCUCUCCUCCCCUCUCUAGUUUCAGCCACUUUGAUUCUAGCAGCGAGGCUGUCAACCUCGGUGUGCACGCCAGCUAGAUCGGCCUUCCAGACCUCCCUUAAGUCCACCAAUAGUUUUUUAAUAUCCCCCUUUGUGGAGGGUGCGGAGUCGGAGUCGUCGCUCCUGUACACCCCGUUCAAGGCUGGUGUACUGCUGUCAUCCUCUGCAGAGUCUUCCACGGAGCUCGAGUCUCGUGGUCCCAUGGGCGUCAUCUUGGGCAGUGCAUGCUGCUGCGACCUUUCAAAGGACGCGCGGAUGUCUGCUUGCUUAGUGCUUCCCGAGUGGGUCAGCUUACAGUUUCUGCGUCCCAUUUUUCUCCAGGAGUACUCAGGUAUUAAUAUUGCCGUCUUUCAGGUUUUUCUCUGUGGUUUUUAAAUCUGGAUAGCUGUGCGGUUUGCAGGAGCUCCACACCAGCACGUCUUGUUCCUUGCUCGGCUGCUGAACAACCACUUUUAGGUCUGUCAAUUGAGUGAUUUCAAAUCACUCAAUUGGUAUUUUAUCAAAGGUAUAUACUCUGAUAUAGCGAAGACAUUUCUGAUUAUCUACAUCAGUGAUGUUAAUGCAUUGCCAGGAUACAAAGUUAAGGUGCUCAAAUAAUUACUGAUACAUACAACUUCAAUUCAGUACACACAGGAAACUACCUUGUGAAAAUUUGGAGACAAAGGAGGGAGAGGGUCGCCUAAACGGACCCUAAGGCACAAGAAUUUGAGCUAAGUUUUUUAGCUCAUAAAAGUGUGAGUUCACAUUUGGCAUUUGAUUUUAAUUUUUACCACCUAUUUCUAUACAGUUUGCACUACGUUGUGUAAUUUUUCUGUAUUUAAAGGUACAUACGGAUAUCUCAUUAAGUGAUUAUUAUUCUUAAAGGUAUAUCCUUCCAUUUUUGAAUUGUUCUAUAUCAGUUUCACAAUAGCGCUUCACCGAUAUUCCCUUUCUUCCCUGUUUCUUGCUGUGUUCAGCUUUCCCUCAACCCUGACCUGUCUCCCAGUUUUCUCUAAAUAUUACACUUGGAAUUGAGGCCAAACAGUUCAAUCUUUAUUUCAUCAGUCCAGAGAAUCUUGUUUCUCUUAGUCUGAGUCCUUUAGGUGCUUUUUUGCAAAUUCCAAGUGGGCUUUCAAGUGUCUUUUAGGGAGGAUUGGUGAAGUGUUGCAGGGAUGGUUGUCCCUCCGCAGGUUUCUCCCAUCUCCACACAUGAUAUCUGGAGCUCACUCAGACUGACCACCGGGUCACUUAUUUAUUCACUUGGUCACCUCUCUUACAAAGUCCAUUCUCUCCCAAAUGCUCGAUUUGGCUAGGAGGCCAGCUCUAGGAAAAGUUCUGGUUGUUCCAAAUUUCUUAAUUGAAAGAAUGAUAAGGGCCACUGUGCCUUGACACAAUUAUUUCUCCAAGCUCUGGAGGCAGUUCCUUAACCUUUUUGGCUUGUUUUUUGCUCUGAUAUGCAUUUACAGCUGUCAGACCUAAUAUAGACAAGUGUAUGUCUUUCCAAAAUAUGUACAAUCAAUUGAAUUUGCCACAGAUCUAAAUACUUUUUUUACUUUUAUUUUUGCUUUGUUAUUAUGGGAUAUUGAGUGUAGGCUGAGUGUACCAUGAACCCUCCAGGCUUGCUGUAGUGAGUAAGAGUAACUUUAAACAGCUGGCUAGUAAUGCAGGACUGAACAUGAUAGGCCUUGUGUAUGUAAGUGUGUGUAGAUAAAUAUAAAUUUCCACUAGCUAUUGGCUUGCAGUAGCUUUUUAGUAGCAUAUGACUUUAAAUGUUGUAUUUGAUGUAUUUAAUCUAUGAUACUAAGAACAUGUGGGCACUUACAGGUCUUAUUUGUGAAUGAGUAAGGAAGUGUUUAUUCCAGAAUAGCAAUAAACAGACAUGCCAAUGUUUCAUAUCUCGCACAGUUCUUUCACAAGAUUCAGUUGUUGAAUCGUUGACAUGCUUGUUUGUUGAUAAUAUGGAAUAAACACAUAUUAAUUUGCAAACUGGUGCCUGCUGGAGUGCCUUCUUCCUUGGUACUAUGGAUUAAAAGUUGCCUAACUAUACAUACAUUGGAGAGUGUGUGCCAUCACAUUCUUGGUCUGUAUGUGUGUAUAGUGAAUGGCAAUAUUGUAUAUGCAAUAGCUGUGCAUCAGUAUCCACUAAACCAAGAAUGAGAUAGGAGAGACAUGUUUGAAUAGAUGACAAUGUAUGUCCAAAUCAAGGACAAAAAAAAAAACAAGUAAGGGGGGGGGAUACAGGACUAAUAUGGGUGGGAAUAGUGUUACAACUUAUUACAUCACAAUUAUCUCAUUAAAAUUAAUAACUUAGCACACAUAGUGUUGUCAUUGGCAUCACAUAUUGUGUAUGUUAGUCGUUUUUUGCUGUAGUAUUCUUUUGACCAAUAAUAGAUUUGUUCUUGAAGACACCAUUCUAGACAUGGACAUUCUUAAGUCGAAUUCUAAAAUAAGAGUAGUAAUUCUUAUGGAAGAGAUUUCCACUCAUUUUCUAUUUAACUCAUAUAAUAUAUAUUGUGUGUGUUUUUCCCUUCUUUUAAGGCUCUUGGCAUGUUAUUCUGGCACAAACACAACAUUGAAAAGUCCCUCGCUGACUUGCCCAAUUUUACUCCGUUCCCUGACGAGUGGACUGUGGAAGAUAAAGUUCUAUUUGAGCAGGCUUUUAGUUUCCAUGGAAAAAGUUUCCAUAGAAUUCAACAAAUGGUAAAUGGUACUGCUAUUGACGAACAUGCUGUUUAUUGUUGGUGUGAUAAUAUUAAGGAGGAACUGUCACAUUUAGGACAUAGUUAAAUUGAAGGGAUAGUCUAAGCACCACAACAACGGUAGCUUAAUGAAAUAGUUUAAGCUGAGCAUCUCUGUUAAUUGAAUUUCAAUCACACAGGCUCCUGCAGAAUCUAGCAGGCUUUUAACAGCAGUAGAUAAGAAAUUCUAAACUAAACAGAAUGUGAAAUAAAGGAACCCUAAAGAUUAGAUCUCUCUUUACAGGAAAUGUGUAGGGAAACUUUGCAGGUCACAUGCAGGGGAGGCAUGACUAGGGCUGAAUAAACAAAGGGGUUUAAUUACUAAAUGGCAGCAAAUUGAACAGUUAGUUUGCAUAUAGCAUGAUCUAUACAGCAGAACCACUGCAUUAAAAGCAGACAUUGUUUUGGUGCUUAUAGUGUCCAUGUAAGGAUAAUAACUUUAAGCUGUGCUAUUUACUUUCAAGCAUUCCAUUUUAACUUGUUUUGAUUUAAUCUGUUACAUUCCACAAAGUUUCAGAUAACACUUCCUUUAUAUUUUGUUACAAUGGUUGUUACCCAGUGAUGCAAUUUACACAGUCUAGUUUUAGUCUACUAAAUCUCCAGUAGAUUUUAGUCGAAACAACUAAAAUCUAAUGGGUUUAGUUAAAUUAGUUACACCAGCCUCUUUGUGUCCUUCCAGCCCCUCUAUGUGUCUCUCUCCCUAGCCCUGGUCUGUCUCUUUUGCCCCUUUCACAGACCUUCUAGGUGUCUCUCUCCCUAGCCCUGGUCUGUCUCUUUUGCCCCUUCCACAGCCCCUCUGUGCAGUGUUCAUUUUGGCAGCAAAUUUCAGUUUAGUUUUAGUUAUAGUCUUUUGAUUAAAAAGCCGUUUUAGUUUUAGUCAUCUAAAUUGUUUGUUUUAGUAGACUAAAUCUCAAAAAGUUUAGUCGACUAAAAUUGUUAGUCAACAAAAUGAACACUGCACACAUGGCAGGAGUCUCUCCACCUUUCACCUGCUUUGAUUUAUGUUGAACUGUAAAGUAGCAUCAUUUGCUAUUUCAGCUCCAAUCAGUGCUAGAGUUGCAUCUGUCAUUGAAAUGUGCAUAAUAUAACUAAAUUCUCUCUCCCUUUAGCUUCCAGAUAAAACCAUAGCAAGUCUUGUAAAAUAUUACUACUCCUGGAAAAAAACUCGAUCUCGUACAAGUUUAAUGGACAGACAGGCUCGCAAAUUAACAAGCAAAAAUAACCCUGGAGAAAGGUAUUGUUCAACUAGUUCACAUCAUUUGUAAUAUCUGUAAUUGUUUGGAAUUGCUAACUUUCUUAUUUCUAAACAAUAAACACAGGAAUCAUAUAAUCUUAACCUAGUUACUACAUUGGGGGGAAAAAUCCUCAGCUGAUAUGUGGAUAGAAGAAGAUGGCUGAUCGUAUAAAAAAAAUGUAACUGCAAAACCAACAACUCAUAGAACUCAGAAGGUUAAAAUGGAAAUCAAGGCAUGAGAAAUGAAGUAUAUGAAACUUUUGCGGUCUAACAGCAUUCACAAUAAAAAAAAAUGUAAAAAAAAGUUCCAGAUGUGUAAUUUAGUUGAAUACAUCUUGUACAUACUUUACUUUCAAACAAUAUUGUUAAGUGGGUGUAUUGUAUUAUAUAUAGGCAAUAUGUAGUCAUGAUGUUUACCAGGGAAUGUCUGCAAAAGCCCAUGUUAUCUCUUUAUCUUCCGCAUCCCUAACCUGGUCAGUUUGGCUAUAUAAAGAGCACAGAUUAUUAACUAUCUUGCAAUCAGUGAAUGACCAUGUGGCAGAAGUCAUUAACAAAGUAAAAAAAAAAUGUUACCAGUAUGGAGAACGCUAGGGAUCGACCGAUUAGCAGUACAGCCGAUAUUCGGUAUUAUCGACAAUAUCGGUAUCGGCCAAUAAAGAUACCGAUAUUGCCGAUCAGGACCGCGGGGCCCAUGAGAAGCCCGGCAGUCCUGGGGGCCCAGCAAGCUCUUACUUGCCUUCCCAGCAGCUCCCUUCAGCUCCCCUGUUUAAAUCUUGCGAGUCCCACGGCCAUCAGAGAGUUGCCAUGAGUUACAGGGGAGCUACUGGGAAGGUAAGUAAGAGCUUGCUGGGCCCCCUCUGCACAGUCCAUGCCACCGUACCACCAAGGAAUGCUAUAUCCCCCUCCCUGGCCUGGUAAGAAGCAGGGAGGGGGGGACAAAAACUAAUUUAAAAAAAUUUAAUAUAUUUUUUUUUUUUUUUAAGUUACAAAAAUAAAAAUGCCAUCCCCUAUUUUACACACACUGCAUUAUAUACACAGACACACACACACACACUGCAUUCAUUAUAUACACACACACUACACACACUUCAUUCACUAUACACACACUACACAAACACACACACUCUGCAUUCAUUAUAUACACACUCACUGCAUUCACUAUACACUCACUUCACAAACACACUCUGCAUUCAUUUUAUAUAUAUAUAUAUAUAUGUGUGUAUAUAUAUAUAUAUAUAUAUAUAUAUGUGUGUAUAUAUAUAUAUAUAUGUGUGUAUAUAUAUAUAUAUACACACACACACACUAUACAAGCACACUGCAUCCACUACACACACACACACACACUACAUUCACUAAUCAAAUACUCUCACUGCAUCCAUUACACACACACACAUUCUUGAAAACAUAACAAAUUCUGACUGGCAUGUAUAUUUUGUGUAUGUACCUUUAAAAAAAAAAAAAAAAAAUUCAGUUAACAGUAGAUUUAUGUAGAAAUAGUUUUGUUUUUUUAAAUGGUAAAUGUACAGUAUAUUGGUAAAUUAUCGGCUAUCGGCCUGAAAGUUCACAGAUUAUCAGUAUCUGCUCAAAAAAAUCAAUAUCGGUCGCUCCCUAUAGGACGCAAUUCAGGAAUGGACUGCUUUUAUACAGUGACUUGUGGAAACUUUAUUGAUUGAUAAAAAAUUUCAUUUAUACACAGUUUCUGUACUAUGAUGGCAAGAAUUUAGAGUCAAGUAAGGCUUUGGGGAUCAGUAGAGUCCUAGAUUUUUUUUAUUUAAACUACUUGUACAUUUAAAACUUUAGAGUACUGUUCAUUUAAUUUUAAGAGUUAAGAAUGUCAAGAUAGCUCUUAAAUAUUUUAUUUGCAUAGUUUGUCACAGCAUUAAAACGUUGAAACAUACGUUUUCUGCAGAAGUCAGUUGGUCCCUCUCUAGACUAGCCUUUAUACCCGGUACUAUCUCCUGGUCUGGACUGUAGGGUUUUUAAUCUCAAGAUUUUUAUACUUUUUUUAAAUUUUUUUACUGAAGUAUACACUACCACCACUGCUGGCUUUUUUUGUGUCUGCAACUCUUUCCUCUAAAUUUCCUUUUGUCAUUCUGUUCUAGCUUUCCUCCUCCUGCAUGGUAUGAGGCUGAUUUCCUUAAAAUAUUUUGAAAAUGAUCAGAAUAACAUUUUCCUGGAAUUAUUAUGAGAAUAUUGUGACACAUUUACGGUAUCAUAACUCACUGGAUGCACUUAUUAAACAUUCAACCAAAACACAUACAUUUGUUGAAAUUAGCAAAAUCUCUUAACAAGAACAAAAUAGGUUACUUCUUAUUCACCUUUGCAAAGUUUGUGAUCUUUGCCUUUUCUAAUCGUAUUACAUAUUAUUGUAAGCAUAUGUGAAUGCUGGGUCUGCAGGAAAGUAACACACUUUCUAUGCUUAUUUACCAAUAUUUUCCAUUUUUUUAAGAACAUUAAAUUGUUAAAAUAGUGAAGCCUUUUUUCGAUUUAAGGGUAAUGUGACUAGUUAUUGUACAAUGAAGUGCGUUUUUUUCAUUGGUAUUUUGCAAAGAAUUCCUUACUAUUGCAAAUUACUAGAGAGGAAACACACACCUAUUGAAGCUUUGCUCCUAAAAUCUAGUGGGCCAGAUAUUCCCAUUGUACUCUUGUCCAAAUAUAAUUUUUUUUAAAAUCUUUACCGACUGAUGAAGGAAGAGAUUGACUCCCAAUGCUGGUUGGCCAUAAUAUUGAGAUGUUUGAGCGGUUUAUUUGUAUAUCUCAGCACCCCAUGUCAGUCUUUCAUUAUAUGAUAUUUGAUAUGUGGUUCUAUCCCCAGAAAGCCACCAAAAAGUGGAGGGUGGGGGCUUUUGGUCAAUGCUAAAAAUGUCCACUCCAAGUAGUGUUACAGUGAUAUUCCUACGGUUUUGCAUAGAAAUUGUAAACCGUGAAAUCAAGGAAUAGAAGCACACUAGUAAUAACUAUUUUAUUUUUAAUUGUUCUAUUUUUUUCCAUUGUUUUUUCCUAAGUUGAAAACAAGCUGUGUUUGAUUAACCGUCACUUUAUCAAGUUGUAAUGUGGUCUGCUAGAAACCUGUCAUAGAAGAAAAGGAGCAAACUGAAAAAUCUGUUGUGUUUAUACUCAGUGAUGAUGAGGUGGAAGAAGCAAAUCCAAAGGAUGGGAAUGAUAGUGAUUAUGAGCCUAAGAAGGAAACCAAAAAAGAGGUAGGGCAAAGACUAGAUUGCAGCUUUCCUUUAUUUUCAAUCACCUUACAAACAAAAAAAAUCUAAUCUGUCUUAACCCCAUUGUAACCUGCCAUGACUGCUUUGAUAUUAUCAGUGGUGCUAACACUGGCACCCCAUGUGUUUGUGGGUUAUGCUUCCCAUGAACAUCAUGAUAAAAUUAGCGCACCAACAUUUGGGGUGCCAUCGCUAGCCAUUGCUGGUGUAAAGUGGUUUCCACAAAGCCUUGUAAAUUAGGGUUAACUAUAACAGUGCAAAACAACAAUAAAUACAUAGAAAUACAACAAUGAAAAUAUUCUGUAAUUAUACAAUUGAAUAAAUGUAAUUGCAAAUGCAUAUUUGUGGAUGUUCAUCCGUUAUGGAGGGGGAGGAUAUGUACUCUAACUGCAUGUUGGUUCACUGGUGAUCAGAUCAGUAUGAAUUUUAAGUAGGUGUGCCCCUGUAUUUCCCCUGCCCUGUUGUGUGCGGAGAGAUAGCAAGCCUUUAUAAUAACACUUUUGCUAAAAGAAAUGAUCAUUUGAUUGACGUUGCCCAUGCAACAUACAGAACUCUCUCUACAUAAGCCUAUUGUGCCUUAUCUUGGGCAGUUGAUGUGCAGGAUAAUUCCUUUGAGGUUAGUCACUUGUCUUCUAACUUUCACAAAUGAAAUCUGAAUGUCAAAACGGAGUGACUAUGGCUGAGUUGGAGAAUUUUUCCAGAUAAGCAAUUUUUGGUUUAAUUUUGCCAUUCAGAUUUAAUUUGCAAAAAUGCAUAAUUUAAUGAAUAAUCCUGAUCACAUAAUGCUUAGUAAGUAACUAAGCCUUUUGGGAGUUUCAGCCAGCAUCAUCUGAGCGAUUCGGUAGGACUACAACUGCACAUAAUGGGAGGUGCAGUCCAGAGCACUUAAUGGUACAAGUUGAGAGUUUUGCAAAAGUUGAGAGACCUGCCCUUACUAUUAUCCUUCCUCUUUUGUUUGAACAAAUUAUGCAAUAACAUUGGCUUUACAACCAUCAGAGAUGCAUGUAUAUGCCUAUUGUACCACAUCUAAAAUAAUGUUAAUAAGCUUAAUGCAUACUCAAUAAAAAUUGAAUAACAACCAGUUCAGUGGAGGCAGAUGUGAAUUGUCUGUGUUAAUGAAAACAAAUGAAUAUUAAAUGAAAUUCAUUCAAAUGUCCGCCAUGUUGUCUUUUUAGAUAAGUACAGAGCCAUGUAUUCAGCCUGUCAAAGUGGCUCUGGGUAGAAGAGAGUAUCAAAGUUUACAGCAUCGGCAUCAUUCACAGCGUUCAAAAUGCCGCCCACCAAAAGGCAUGUACAUAUCCAAGGAAGACGUCGUAGCUGUCUCUUGUAGUCCGAACGCUGCCAAUACUAUUCUCAGACAAUUGGAUAUGGAAUUGAUAUCAUUGAAACGCCAGGUAAAGCAUUUCUCCUUUAAUAUUACAAGAAUGGGGUUUAAUGCAUUUGGAUAUUAUCAGUUGUCAGCUGUGUAUAAAAGUGCACCCAUAGCAUUUUCACAUGGCAGACUAACUAAGGCUUCUUCUUGGUAUUGUGCUUAUGUUUAGCUCUGUAAUGUUACAUUAUGGUGGGGGAGAACCUAGAAAAUGGAAGUGAUUGUAUCAGUAUACAUGGCUAGUUCAUAUGGAUACCGAGUAUAUUAAAAUGUUAGUAAUUGUGCAUUAUUUAAAAUUAUGUUUAAAUGUGAAUUGAAGCGGAAUAGAUACAUGAUAUUUACUAACUAAGAGUUAAAAAUGGGUGUCCUAUUUUUCUAUUUCUAAAACUUUCAAGAAAUCAACAGCAUAUACUGUGGUGAAGAGCGGAACUGUCACUUAUUUGCGGUACUGAAAUAGAUAAUAUUUUUGUUCAUAGGUAAAUUAUUUGUAAAUAAUAUUCAGGGUCAUUCACUAGUGUGUAAAUGUUGGGAAUUCAAAGUGAAGGUUAAAAUUGUAAGCUGCUGUAGCCAUCCUGAAUCAGCUAAGUGAAGUUUUCUGGGUGCUGUGCCUAUUGCACUUAGUGCUGCAAUGUUUUACAUUGCAGUUCCAGAGAAAUCUCAAUGUUUACAUUGCAGCUCUAAGUCUGCCCACAGUUACUAUCUACCCGACAGCCACUGUAGAUGCUUCCAGAAUCCAAACGGACCUUUGCUUGAGGACCUCCAGCAUCAGAUUUUGCCCAUAGGAAAGCAUUAAAUAAUGCUUUCCUAUGGUGAGGACUAAUGCCAGUGCGGCCAUUGCCAGGUAUCCCCCACCUGCUGACUUCAGCGGGGGAGGGUUGGGGUGGAGCCUGACCCAGCGCCGAGGGACAUCGGUGCUGGACUGAGGUAUGUGGCCGAAAGGGGUUUUAACCCCUUCAGCCCCAAAGGGGGGGAGGGGUGAGCUAUUAAAACUAUAGUGCCAGGAAAAUGGCUUUAUUUUCCUGGUACUGUAGGAUGCCUUUAAGAUAUUUGAUUUCUGGUUGGCUGCUAAAGUCCUACAGUUUGAAAUUCUCUUUGCAUUCUCAAUAUUUUAACACCAAAGGGAAAAAUCUUUAAAAAAAAAAAAAAAUGAAAAUGUCUUUAGAGCACAAUUUUCACUGUUUUAUGUAGGUUCUUUGAACAUUUGUUCUGUUUAUUUUCCUAUGUAACGUAUACACUGUGUACAAUGACUCAUUAUACAUUGUUUGUGUAUUCAGGUACAGAAUGCGAAGCAGAUUAACAGCGGACUGAAACAGAAGUUGGAUGGAGGGAUAGACGAAUUUAAACCAGCUGAGGUAAUCUGACUUCAGAUUGUGUGUGUGUGUGUAUAUGUCUAUAUAUGUAUGUGUCUGUGUUUGUUUUCAUAUAUCAUUUAAACUACUCACAGUCCAUUUCCUGUUAAAUUUCCUAUAAUUUGUUUGGUUUCAGUAUUUUUCUCCUUUUAUUACAGACUAAUCAGAAAAUAAAUGCACGUUGGACCACAGAAGAACAGCUGUUAGCAGUGCAGGGUAGGUUGAAUGCAUUAUGUCAUAAGGAUAAAUGAGAGCAGAUUUCAUGCACACAAUUCAUUUAGAAUUGGAUAUUACAUUGUUUCCUGCAAUUUUGGAAAUCUGGGGUUUAUUAUUUUUCUAUUAACAGAUUGCUGUUCUCGCUAAAAAGCUUUUUAAAUAAUUUGGCGCUGGGGUACAGAUGUAUGUGAAUUACAAUUACCUCCAAAAUCUUUCAUACCACAAUUCCAGUUAAACCACUUACUAUACUGUCAUGCUGUACAAACAAUUUGUGGCUGAAUAUUUCUAUUCCAUGUAAAUUUUAUUUAAAUAUAUUCAUUUAUAUUUCAAAGCAUUAAAAAAAAGUUCUACUCAUUUGUUUUUGACUGUUUACAUAUCUAUAAUCUAGAUAUAUAUUUGCCCAAAAUGUGAUUUUUUUUUUUUUGAUUUUUUUUAUUUUCAGUGAUCAAUUUGUUCCAUUAUUUAUGUAUGGAAACGCAAGUAAUUAACACUUUCAAAAAAUAAUAAUUAAAGCGCUUCUUGGGCUUUGUAGAUUUGAAUUGAAUUUUUGAAAUAAAAAAAAUUAAUAAUUUUUCUUCUUCUUUUUUUUUUUUAAUGUUAAUGCUUCUUUCUGCACUUAGGUCUAUUGCAAAAAUUUACAAUAAAAAGGGUUUCUCAAAGCUUUAUAACCACUAGUUGCCCUUCUCCAGUAAUGGGGCAAAAUAUUUCCCAACAUUAUGCGUCCUAUCCUGGUCCGCCGGUCAUGAAUCAUAGUCAUGAUUCAAACUGAAACAGUGCACGUUUAUAAUCCAAGCAUCAUCACCACUUCAAAACACUGAAGUGGUCACGGUGCUUGGAUCAACCAAAUAAUUUCAUCAGUUGUAUUGCAUGCAAAAAAGUGACAAAAAAAUCUUUAAGGAACACUAUAGAGUUAAGAAUACAUAUAUGUUUCCCUGACGCUAUAGUGUUAAAAACACAUGUAGGGUGUCUGCCUCCCUGACCCCCUCCCAGACCCUCUUAAAUACGUUGUUUAUUUUUGUUUUUGUUUUGUUUUUUUAAUCACCUUUUUUCCAGCGCCAGAUGGGCCUGCCAGCACUGGCCUCCCCCCGAUCCGCCUCCUUGGCUGGCAUAAUCAGAAUUUAUGAUCUCAGCCAAUCGCAAUGUUUAUAGGAAAACAUUGGAUUGGCUGAGAUUGUCAAUUCUGGUGAUCUCAGACAAGGAAGCGGGUCAGAGGGCAGAGCUAAAUGCUACCCUAGCCAAUCCUUAUAGAGAUGCAUUGAUUCAAUGCCUAGCGUGAAGACACUGAAUGGCAGUGCUGCACACUGUAGUUGUUCUGGUGACUAUAGUGUCCCUUUACGUUUAUUCAUUAGGCAGUGAAAUGUGAUUUUUCUUUUUCUUUUUUUAUUUGAUAAUAAAUUAUGAAAGCAUUUGGGUAGGAAAUAUUAACUACGGUGAAGAAUGUAUCCAACCUGUUUAUUUUGGUCUAUAUUUUUCAUUCAAACUUGCUAUAUCUCACUGUUUUGCGAUUUAAGUUUAAUAGCUUCCACAAAAAUUUUUAGUGAGACUCUUUGUCCAAAGUUGACGUUUACUAAACUCAUAUGGACAAACCUACUAGCAAACACAGUUGCAAGAGGAAAAGUUGAGUUGUGGUAUUUAGCAAUGGAAUUCUUGAUUUUAAGUGGCCAUGGUGCUUGGAGUUGUAUUUCCAAGUAUUGUUUAGCUUUUUAUAUGUUUAUUGCAUAAUGUAUUUUUGUUUUGUUUUAAAUUCUUACACGUUUUACUUUAAAUUCAAGCUGGUUAUAUUAGUUGAAAAUUUGUUUUCCUCUAUUUUAAUUUUCAUCUAUUUAAUUUAAAUCUUUCCUCGGAUGUGUCUGGUUUAUUUUUUUUUUUAUUAUUUUUUUUUACCUAAUCUGAGAACAUGGACUGCAUUUAAUUUGCUGCGAGAACACAAUUAAAGUGAUAUUCUAGUACCUAGAGAAAAGGUGGUGUUUACAUUGCUGCCUAGUGGCCGUCACUCAGAUACUGAACACUCCGCAUAGAGGUGCAUUGGUUUAGUGCAUUUCUACAAGGAGAUGCUAAUUGGCGCAGUGCAGCGUUUUGCUGCAGAUGCUCACUAGCCUCCCAAUGCUUUCCUGUGGGGAAGCAUUGGCUUGGCUGAGAUCAUCAAAAUUGAUCUCAGCUAUGGAGACAAGGCUGGCCACAGAAAGAGAGGUGCAACGAUGAUGUAAACUCCAGUAAAAGUACUUUUUUACUCCAUUCCGAGGGUGGGCAGUAACCAAGUUAGAACCCUUUAUAUGUAGCCGCAAAGUGGAAAAUUAACAACUUAAAGGGUUACUCUAAGUACCAUGCCCAUGUCAGUGAUUUGAAGUGGCCAUGGUGCUUGGAGUUGUAUGUGCAAAAUAUUUCACUUCAGAAAUAUUAAUUCUGUCUAUAUUCGGCGUUUGUCAGCACGCAUAGCAUGCUUGCGAUAGACAACCAAUGGCGGCACGCCUUCCCCCCCUGCGCUGCACAAGUCCUCCUCUCAGCCAGUGAAUGGAACUGACCUCACCAGAUGAGGAUCAGGCUACAAGAAGGAAUUGGCCUCAAUGUGAGAACACCAGUAAGUUUAUAGUUUAUUACUUACAUAGAAACAUAGAAUGUGAUGGCAGAUAAGAACCGUUCAGCCCAUCUAGUCUGCCCAAUUUUACUAAAUACUUUAAUUAGUCAUUGGCCUUAUCUUAUAAGUAGGAUAGCCUUAUGCCUAUCCCACACAUGCUUAAACUCCUCCACAGUGUUAACCUCUACCACUUCAGCUGGAAGGCUAUUCCAUGCAUCCACUACCCUCUCAGUAAAGUAAUACUUUCUGAUAUUACUUUUAAACCUUUGCCCCUCUAAUUUAAAACUAUGUCCUCUUGUUGCGGUAGUUUUUCUUCUUUUAAAUAUGGUUUCCUCCUUUACUGUGUUGAUUCCCUUUAUGUAUUUAAAUGCUUCUAUCAUAUCCCCCCCGUCUCGUCUUUUCUCCACACUAUACCUAGUGAGAUCCUUUAACCUUUUCCUUGUAAGUUUUAUCCUGUAAUCCAUAAACCAGUUUAGCAGUCCUUCUCUGAAUUAUUUCCAAAGUAUCAAUAUCCUUCUGGAGAUACAGUAUCCAGCACUGUGUACAGUACUCCAAGUGAGGUCUCACCAGUGUUCUGUACAAUGGCAUGAGCACUUCCCUCUUUCUACUGCUAAUACCUCUCCCUAUACAACCAAGCAUUCUGCUAGCAUUUCCUGCUGCUCUAUUACAUUGUCUGCCUACUUUAUAUUUUAACUCAUUUAAUCGACCAUGCCAGCAAGGUUUUCUCUAUCCAUAAACAGUGUUUCAUUAAAACACUCUUUUUGGUUGGAGUAACCAUGCAAAAUAACAAAACCUGAACAUUUAAUUUAGAACUAUAGCGUUAAGAAUGCAUGUUUGUGUUCUAACGCUAAAGUGUUAUUUCAACUGCAAGUGGGUCACAUGGAAAGCAAGGGAAAUAAGUUGAGUUGUUUUUUUCAGGCUGUUUUACAAUUGAUCAAUCUACCUUUAAAAUAAUGUUCUGCUAUUAUAACUAAAUGCCAUGUUGUGCAGUCUUCAGGCAAAGAGUUUAAAUAAAAAAUGAAAAAUGAGAUGACAGACUCGGUUAACCUAGAGGGACCAUCCACAGCUGCCUGCCAGUUAGUACAGAUUGUAAAUUGUGAGACUUAAAGUAAUAGCGGGGACUGUCUAUCAUAUUUUCAAGCUGUUGGCAUAGACAUGUUCCAUUAAGCUUCAGCUAAACCAUUAUUAAAAUGCAUUAGUAGUGCAUUCAUUUGCACUUUUAAGUUGUUGAGUACAUUUAGCAGUAAGUACAGAACAGAACUGAUGCUUGCUAGCGAAUGGUUGCAGGAUGCAAUGCCACCUUGGUUAAGCAGGAUGACCUUUACGUAGAGAUAGUUAGCUUUGUUAGACUAAUACAUAUACAGUACAUAGUUUGUGGUAGGUACAUAGAUCCCUAAGGACUGUAUGGAACUCUUUAGAUGCCAGGGGUUUAUGUCUGAACAGUGCUAGAUUCUCUGUACUGUGCCCCAUAUAUAGGUGCUUUUUCAUUACUUUUCGGGGCAGCAAUCAUUCUGCACUUUGAAAGAUUGUGUUAUAUGUACAGGCACUUUGUGGGUCUUCUACGCAAACAUUAGUGACUUAGUAAUGCAAGUACUGUAUCAAUUAAUCACAAUUUACCAUUAAGUGAUUAAAGGCCGAAAGGCUUGGAAUAAAUAAAAUUAAAAAAAAAAACAGCCAUUGGUAUACAGGAGCAAAGUAAAACAGUAAAGCACCAUAAUCACUACAGCCCUCUGUGAGGCUUCUCGCACAGUUCUGUAUCUAACAGUUUUCAAGCAUUUUGACGUAGAGUAGGCUUCCACGUUAGCAAUAUCCGAUAGUGCCAGUGGCCAUAACCACUCAAUAUGUUAUGAUGUAAGACUGCCCCCUUUUAAAUAUUCAGAAUUGUUAUGAUCUUCUAUUGCUUUAAAAAUACAUUGCAAAAGAAAUAAAAUAAUAGCGUUUGAAUCCAUUAAACAAAGAUUUCAGCUACCUAACACUCAGAAUUUUUCUUAUUUGCAGAUAAAGUAUUUUUUACAACGAUAUAUGGUGAUUCCAAUAGAGAGAGCUCCAAUAUUAUUAAAAUCCCUUUUUUUUUUUUAAAAGAAACACCAUGUAAAAUUCUGGCCAAAACAAUUGAAAUCAUUAGAAACAUAAACUAUUCCGCAACUUGCCCUCAAAAGAAUAAAUGGGAAAGAGAGCUGAACUGCCAAUUAGACCUACAAGAGUGGUGUAACGCCAUUAAUAAGACAUGUAAACAAGUGCAAUGUUUGAACUUGGUAGAAACUCAUUACAAAGUCGCGAACUGAUGGUAUCUGGUCCCGAAAAGGCUAUUUCAGAUGUACUCCGAUACGUCUGCGCAAUGUUGGAGAUGUGGCAGGGAGGAAGGGUCAUACCUCCACAUCUGGUGGAGUUGUCCAGAUAUUCAAAAGGCAGUAGAAUCACUAUUUAAUUAUAUAAAAGAGAAUAUUGCAUAUGCACUGGCCAAAAGUCCCAUUUAAGAAAGAGUGUUUCAUAACGCAUUGUUUUGUUGCCUAUAAAAUAGUAAUCGCAAGAAACUGGAAAAAUAAUCAAAGAUUAGUAUGGUAUUUAAUUAAAGAACAAAUAACGAUCCAGAUUAAAAUGGAAAGAGAUAUAAGUAUUCCCUUCUUGAACAAUCAGAAAAGAUAUGAACUAUGGCAGCAAUGGGUAAAUGAAAUAUAACAGGUUAACUAUAAGACUUCAGCUCCUGAGCGAGAGUAUAAACUCCUUAUCCUUCCCCUCAGUGUCUGCAGACAGUUGUUAAUUGUAGAUUUGUAUAAAUAUUGAAGAUAACUACAUUUGAUGAAUUGUAUUUUUGUACUGUUUGUGUUUUAUAUUGUCUUUGUGAAUAUUUGUGUAAAAACGAAUAAAAGAAUUGAUAUUUAAAAAAAAAAAAAAAAAUCCAAUGAAAGUCAUCAUUUUCAUUAAGCAUGUCUGUGCUUGGCUCUGCUGGGGCUGCCCCAGUUCAGAACAAGUCCUGCCAUACCGCUUUAUUCAUCUGGAUGUUUAAGCUGGAUGUCAACGACCAUAUGUAUUUAGAUGUGAAUAUGAGCCUGACUGACAUGCCAUUUCACGCAUCAAUUUAUUUCUGUAUGUAUGUACUAUAUUUUUUUUACCAUACGUAUGGGACAUAUUCAUUACACUGUGAAUUAUUGCAAAAUGUUUAAAAAGAUGUAGCUGUGCCAUUGUGGUGUAAAAUGUGUUUUUCAUUACACCAAUGUUCACUGUUUAGUAAAUAAACCCCUUAGUCUUGCGUAUUUCAUGAACACGUUUCUAAGACACAUAAAUUGUUCCUGUUGCAUUUGCUGGAAACUAGACAAUGUCUAUACUUUUCGCAAACUCAUACAAAUUACAUUUGUGCAAAAAUUUGUUUUUACCAGUUUGUCAGAAACUACAAAAUCCAUUUAAUCCACACUCAAAUAAACUGAUACGUCUCGAGGUCUCUAAGACUAAGUAAAAUCUGGACAAAUUUCAUUCGGGUGCUCAUUAAAAGGACUUUGGUUCAGACAAACCGGUUCAGACUAUUGCAGAAGGCUAUAACAAACCAGCAUUUUGUGCGUGCAUUUUUUUUUUACUUUACUUUUUUUCUCCAUUCAAUAAUAAAUAUAUCCACACAUUCAUAAAGGUAUUGGAUGAUUUCCAUCAUGCAAAUUAAUCAUUUACAUUUCCAAAAAACAAAUGCAUAUUGUACAUUGUAUCUGCUCAUAAUCAAGAUAUAUCCCCUGUUGGGCAAAAGCAACAUACCCUCCGGACGUACUUGGAAGCCAGAGUAAUCUGAAUGUACCUUUCCUGUUGAAAUACUUUGUUGUUUUUAUUAUUAUAUGAGGAUAUGAAAAAAAAAUUCCUUUGGCUGUUUACCUACGGAACCAUAUGAUAAUCCUUCUGUGACCCUUGUACUCUUGAAGUAGAGUUCAAAAGUCACAUCUUGCAUCCAUCAUUACUUUUUAUUACGUAAAUUUUUCCAACAUUUUUAUUUUAAGAGGAGUGGGAUGAAAUGGUCAUUGGGCGGUAAUGAUAUAUGGUCGUCCAUCAAGGGUUAAACUCCUUGGUGACUUUGACGAUACGGCCUGGUGUCUCUGUGCACUAAUGGUGGACUAGUUCAGGUCUGCUACCGUUUGUGGGUUUCUUUGUCUAACCUGCACCUCUAAUUGUUCAACAAAGCCCCAAGGUUACGUUUUGCUUGGUAGCCAAAUCAGCUGCAAUUCAGGAUACACUGCGGUUCUUUGCUCCGGCUGUUACAGAGUGUACUAACUAGCUUGUUCCACUGGCAGUGCACUUCAAUGAAUGUGGUUCCUGAAUGUACAUAAACUUACAUGGAUUCCAAGACCUCAGCAAAGACACAAGACAACACACAUUUUUCUGGCAACUUGUAGGAACACCCUUUAUUUCUGAGCUCCCAGCUUUUCUUACAAUACAACAGCACACACAAGAAUGUAUUUAGAAAAUGUUUCACCAAUGGGAACCUUAUUGGGUAUCACAAUAACCUUGGACAUUCCAAAGGAAAAGCUAAUUCUCCCCCUCCCUGUACAUUUCAAACAAAGAUUUGGAUAUCACCAGGUCUAGUGUCUGUAAACAUACAUUGAAUUGCCCCAAUUCUCUGGACUUUUCUUAGGACAAUACAACUGAGACUAUAAUUAGAUAUAAACAACAAUAGUGUUCAUCCUGAACACCAUCACCCCAGUAAACUCUGAAAACCAUGGUAUAUAUAAAACAAAGAAAGAAAUGGUGGGGUGCAGUCAAAGUGCAAUGAGACUAUAGAUGUAUUACAAUGUUUAUACCUAUUAACUUCCCAUCUGGUGUUCCAGGAUUCACAUAUACAUGUCAAAUCAAUUCUUCCAUAUCUUUAAUCACUUAAAAGCACAAAAAGAGGGGGCGGAGCCGAACAAGCGAGCAGGCAAGUCGCACAAAACAUGAGCUCCAGCAACAAGGGCUCAAAAAUGCCCCUAACUUGAGACACAACGACGCGACCUACCCGAAACAAAGCCCACUGGAAAGAGGAAGCAUCUGUGCACCUGGCGACACCAAAAUCCACACCCGACCUGCCCGGGAAACGCAAUGGCCGUCUUGGGCCUAACGGAGGAGGUGAGGGGGAAGGACGGCCGCCUUUCCCGCCCGACUCUGCAACCCACAGGCAAACAAGAAACACUUCCCCCUCCCCCCUAUGGACCGGUGGGGGAUAUCCCGGUCCCCGCCAGAAGGGAAACCCCGCACUCUACACCAAACGAAGGUACCCGCCGUCCCCCCAAGCAACAGAGACCCCCAAAAUGACCCAGCCUCACAAGACUUGCAACGACACUAUCACACCCCAGGUACCAAUGUUCCUGGUAACGACCGCAUAGCCAAACUCUUUGACCGAUUCUGGGCCAAAUGGACACAGCACUUACAAUCAGUGACACCUCAUCCCACAUUACCCGAACGGGACAGAGUCAAUGGUGUGAGGGAACCAGGGAGCCCACCUCAGGGCACAGAGCAGUCCCACGCUACAAAUCCCCACAAUACAAGAGCAACAGGGGGUACGCCCUGCGAGUGCCAGCCACACCGUUGGAGAGCCGCAAAACGACGGCCCACACAGGUCAGCAACGCUCCCCGCAUUAUCCCGAAAGAGAAGACCCUGGACCGCAUCGGACCCCAGGCCAGUGGCAGGAGGGCAUCUGCUCUAUCACGGUCCCGGGGCAGAGGGGACUCCCCGCCUACUCAGCGCCAUACAACCCCCCAAAUGCAACGAAACCCCAGCGGGAGACAUCAGCUUGAAAGGCCAAAGGCCUCCAGCGGUCAUCGAGUACAAGACCGCAAGGUACUGGGCCAACAAGAAGACAAAAGCAGGACCCUCGCCUCAUAUUGCCUAAAUAAGUUAACCUACUCUCUAGAACAGGGGUCAGCAACCUAUGGCACGUGUGCCAUGCAUGUCACUUGAGGUGCCUUUGCACGGCACUCAAGGCUGCCAGAGACAAACAGGAACUUCAGAUAUCUGCCAUUGCAAACCAAGAAGUGGUUGCAGUUGGUGAGAAAAACCUCAAUUUACGCAUUCCAGCACUUAGAGGAAGUGAUCUGAAAUCACUUCCUCCCCCUACUUGUGAACAGGAAUCCACACUGGAAUAGAGCAGCCUGCAAAAGCUAUCACAGCUCCUGCCCUUGACCUGUGCUUGGCCAGCCCGGUCCCUAGUGGACUACACUGAAGCCACCCAAACUGCUAGAUAUACACAGAGCUGGAGAAGAAACCACCCCUCAUUCACAUAAUUCCCCUCAUACAUAUAAUACAAACAGCCCACACACAAAUAUCCCCCAAAACACACAACACCAUUGACAAUCCACAUACACGCAAGCAGCCUCUCACAUGCAAGGCCGGAAGCCGCCCCACAAGUACACACACCAACAAACAUGCAACGUGACAUAUCAUUCGCAUACAAAAUUCCACAAGCAGCCUCCAUACACAGCCCAUUUUCAAAGUUAUCAUACACAAUACUACUCAUGAACAUAUAUACACUAUAACAAGCCACAUAUGUAUAAAUACAAUGCUACAAAGCAACUGCUGCACCGAUAAAUAAUACAUUCACAAUGCGGCAAAAUACACACUUUUAAAAAGGACCAGUAUUCUAUCAAAAUCCCCUACCCUCGUCGCUUCCGGUGAGGGGAAUCAGCUGGAUCCUGUGCUCCACAGCAAGGUCCUGGAAGUCCUGGAACUUUCAUUAUAGUUAGUGCAUUCACUAAGCUUAGCCAGUGAGGGUUCAAAUUAGGGUUAGGUAAGUGAUUUUAACCUCUCUCACACUCUAUUCUUACCCUAACCCUUGGGGUAAGGGUUAAAAUAAAGUGUGAAAAAUUGCAAUUUAUAGAUAUUCCCCUACGGUGAAAUAUCACUAAAUAUAAACAACUCCCUAAUCCUAACCCUAGCAUUAACCCUAAAUGUCCCAUGUCCUAAGCUUAGUGAAUGCACUAACUAUAAUGAAAGUGUAAAACUAGUUUUACGUACCUUCCAGGACCUUGCUGUGGAGGAGUAGCAGAAGAGCUAGCACGCAUGUGCAACACAGGAUCCAGCUGAUUCCCCUCAACGGAAGUAAAGAGGGUAGGGGAUUUUCACGGGUAGGGAAAUUUGAUAUUACACCAGCACCCCAAGAGACUUCAAAAUCUUGUUUUGGCACAGUGCUAUUAAAUGGUUGCCUACCCCUGCUCUAGAACUAUGUCCAAGUAAAAGACUGGAGCAACUCAACCGCAGUAUGCAAUCAUUGCCCAGCCAAGGAAUCGGAUUAAAGUCUUGCCAAAAAGACGGACUGCUACAAAGAGGACGAACAUACGACCCACCAACGACUGACCUAGCUGGCAACUACCACACAUAACCUGACACGCCACCAAUUAAGCUUUCUUUUAGGCCUGUUGGCCAUCUAAUUUACUAAAGUUUGUGUUAAAUGCCUUAUAUGUGAUUUGCUUAGCCAUACAUUUGAACCAGUCACGUUUCCGCAAAACAGUGGGCUAGAGCCUAGUGGCUUACACUAUAACCUCGUUUAUCUAGUAUGCAACCACAUAGUGACUAAUUACAUUAUGCCAAAUGAGACAUACUUACUGGGCAUUUAAGCAGUAACUACAUAGGCAAUUAAAAUGUAAUUAUAUCUAGCAUGUAACUCAGCAAUUCAUUAUUAACUAAGCAGUUCCUCUGUGUUAUUUCUGUCUUACCUGAACUACUCAUGUUAAGUCUAUGCAUCUUCAAGUAUGUUUCUUAUAAAAAUAAAAUAGUGCAAGUUACAUCUACUACCCUGAUUGUUAAGCGAACUGAGAAGCCAGAGGAUUGCUGUCGGGGUACUUCAGGCCUGUGUGUACCCACCUUUUGCACUACAAAAUCUUAAAUAAAAAAAAAUCACAAAAAGAACACAACAUAGUAUAAAACCAACUACACCAAUAAAAUAGGAAAGAUAAUUGCACUCACAAACGUGGUACCACUAAAAGUCAUAUCACAGGGAACUAAAAGCCCUGUAGCAUAUCGCAGGUAUGUCUCUGGAAAUGGAUUCAGUCCUCAAUCCACCCUCCUGUGCUGGGUGCGGAUCCCUUCAAGUGGGGGAGUAGAAACAGAAUCCAAGCAUAGAUAACGCCAAACUGGAGAAAAUUGGAUGGCUCCUCAAUGCCGACUGGUUUCGUCUCACUGGACUUCAAGGCAGAGCCUUGUUCUGAGUGGAACCUGUCCUGUGAAACCACUGUAUGGUCUUGCCCACCGUGCUGCAGCUUAGCAAUCUUGGCAAUCUUCUUAUAGCCUAGGCCAUCUUUAUGUAGAGCAACAAUUCUUUUUUUGAGAUCCUUAGAGAGUUCUUUACCAUGUGGUGCCAUGUUGAACUUCCAGUGACCAGUAUGAGCGUGUGAGAGCGAUAACACCAAAUUUAACACACCUGCUCCCCAGGACUAUCAACUCCCAUGACACCGGGGAGGGAAAAUGGCUAAUUGGGCCCAAUUUGGACAUUUCCACUUAGGGAUGUACUCACUUUUGUUGCCAAUGGUUUAGACAUUAAUGGCUGUGUGUGGAGUUAUUUUGAGGGGACAGCAAAUUUACACUUGUACCGGUUGUACACUUACUACUUUACAUUGUAGCAGAGUGUCAUUUCUUCAGUGUUGUCACAUCAAAACAUAUAAUAAAAUAUUUGGGCAGUGGAGUGUCCCUUUAAGUACCAGCCACAGUGCAUACCCACGCUCGUGUAAUAUUCCAGUAAUUUGUAGCACUCCUAGACUUCCACAAUGUGAUUUAUUGUGUCAAACUCUAGGCAUGACACACACAGCAAAUGUGCAGUACAGGGCCAUUAUGAAGACUAAUAUAAUAUUUGUAUGUUUAGGAUCCAUCAUUGCAAAGUUCUGUUUAGCACUAAAGUUAUGAGUAAGUUAAGUUACAGUUAGUUAUCCUGAGUCAGAGAGCUUAAUGUUCUUAGGUUUGCUUUGCUCAGUAAAUUUAGCCUUUCUUCCCUCUCAACCUGCAUUAUUUACCUUUUUGGCACUAACAUGCAGACACUUAACCACUUAAGGACAGUGGGUGGCAGACGGCAUAGAACGUCCCCGCCGUCCUUAAUACUGGUCGCCGUCGAUCGCGGUGGGGGGACUCACCUGCCAUCCCACUAGCCAAAGUUAGCGUUCAAAUUAGUUUUUUUCAUUUUUCACACACACAAAUAUUAAUGUUAACUUUGGUUAGUGUUUGUGACCAAGUGGCUACUAAAAAAGACUGGUCAUACCCAUUUGCAAUAUGGUAUGACAUCAUGGGGGUAAUGCUCAUUCUUGGGCUACCAUACAGUCUCAAAGGCAAUGUAACCAAUCUGGUGAAUUUCAAUGUGAAAAAAAUGUACCAUGCUAUAUUUGACCUUGUAACUUCCCAAAACACCAUAAAACCUGUACAUAGGGGAUACUGUUUUACACGUGAGACAUCGCUGAAUACUAAUAUGUAGGAAUCGUCCAAUUAUCGGUUUUACCGAUAUUAUUGGCCGAUAUUUUGUAUUUUCGGCAAUAUUGUUAUCAGCCAAUAGAGAUACCGAUAUUGACGAUAAUACAUACCAGGACCGCUGGGCCCAUUACAAGCCCAGCGGUCCUGGGGGGGCUCGCAGCAAGCUGUUACUUACCUCCCAGCAGCUCCUCCAGCUCAACAGUACAUGCCACUGGACCACCAAGGAUUGACAUUGCCCCCCUCCCUGGCCAGGUAACAAGCAGGGAGGGGGGGGACAAAAAAAUAAAUAAAACAAAUAUUAAAAAUUAAAAUAAAAAAUGCCCCCCCCCCCCAUUUUACACAAAUCACAUCCCUUCCGAAAUACACACACACUCUCCAUUUUAUUUAUAUAUAUAUAUAUAUAUAUAUAUAUAUAUACACAUACACACACACACACUCUGCAUUAUAUACACACACUAUACAAACACACACACUCUGCAUUCAUUAUAUACACACACACACUAUACAAACACACGCACUCUGCAUUCAUUAUAUACACACACUAUACAAACACACACACUAUGCAUUACAUACAAACACACACACUGCAUUAUAUACACACACUAUACAAACACACACACACUGCAUUCAUUAUAUACACACACUAUACAAACACACACACACUCUGCAUUCAUUAUAUACACACACUAUACAAACACACACACUGCAUUCAUUAUAUACACACUACACAAACACACACACACUCUGCAUUAUAUACACACACUAAACAAACACACACACUCUGCAUUAUAUACACACACUACACAAACACACACACACUCUGCAUUAUAUACACACACUACACAAACACACACUCUGCAUUAUAUACACACACCACACACACUCUCUCUCUCUGCAUUCUUUAUAUACACGCACUAUACAAACACACACACACUGCAUUCAUUAUAUACACACACUAUACAAACACACACACACUCUGCAUUCAUUAUAUACACACACUAUACAAACACACACACUGCAUUCAUUAUAUACACACUACACAAACACACACACACUCUGCAUUAUAUACACACACUAAACAAACACACACACUCUGCAUUAUAUACACACACUACACAAACACACACACACUCUGCAUUAUAUACACACACUACACAAACACACACUCUGCAUUAUAUACACACACCACACACACUCUCUCUCUCUGCAUUCAUUAUAUACACACACUAUACAAACACACACUGCAUUAUAUACACACACUACACAAACACACACACUCUGCAUUAUAUAUACGCACACUCUCCAUUCAUUAUAUACACACUACGCACACUGCAUUCACUUUACUCACACUAUAUUCACUUUACGCACACUACACAAAGACACACACUCUGCAUUCACUAUAUAUACACACUAAACACUCACUGCAUUCACUAUACACACUACACAAACAAACCCUGCAUUCAUUAUAUACACACUGCAUCCACUACAUGUGGCAUGUGUAUUUUGUGCAUUUACCUUUAGAAAUAGUUGUAAUUUUUUUAAAUGGUAAAUGUAAAGAAUAUUGGCAAGUUAUCGGCUAUCGGCCUGAAAGUUCACAGAUUAUCGGUAUCGGCUCUAAAAAAAAUCAAUAUCGGUCGAUCCCUACUAAUAUGUGUAUUUUAUUGCAGUAAAAGCAAACAGUAUUAUGACAUUCACAGUUAAAAUGCCACGCAGAACUAAAAACAAUAAAGAAAUAAUUAUUUUAUUCAUAUUAAAUUGUUUCCUAGCUAAAUAUUUGUUAAUAUGUUAAAUGAAAGCCCUGUUUCCCAUGAAUAAAAUGAUAUAUAAUAAGUGUGGGUGCACUUAAUAUGAAAGAGGUGAAUUACGGUUGGACAGACAUGUAGCGCAAAUGCCAGGUUUUGUUUUGAUCACAACGUGUAAAUUUGGCUCAGUCCUUAAGGGGUUAAGAUACAUUACAAAGGCUUAUAGGAGUUAUAGUUUAUCUCUUAAUUUUCUACAAGUUAAAGCCAACUGAACUAUACUUCUUGAAACCCCUGCUGUGUCUAAGAAGUACCUACUGUGUCGGUAUUUAUGGGUUAUGUUAAAGGGGAACUAUAGUGCCAGGAAAACAACCCCCUCCUCCUCCCCUCCUCACUGUGGUGCAGCAUUAUUCAAUGCUUUCAUAUGGGGAUUCCAGUGACGAAUGUUCUCAUGCAUAGCACGAGGACGACAUCCAGCGUCAUUUAGGCAAUGAAAAGUCGCCUUCGAGACCCUAAGUCCCUCUAGUGGCUGUCUGGUAGACAGCCACUAAAUGAUGAGUUAACCCUAGCAGGUAAUUAUUGCAGUUUAUAAAAACUGCAAUAAUGACAUGCUCUGGGUUAAGGGUGAUGGGACAUUGCACCCAGACCACUUCAAUGAGCUGAAGUGGUCUGGGUGCCUACAGUGUCCCUUUAAGAAUCCCAUAAAACGUUAGAGGAGUAUCAUACUUGGAUGAGUCACUUACUAGUAUGGACAAAGCUCACUGCAGAAGCUGAAAGCGUUUAACAUCAAAGAGUGGAACUUCAAAUGUGAGUAUUUUUAUUUUUUAUUUAUUUCAUAUAUUAUUAAUGUAGCAUGUGUUAACACUUGAUCUAACACUCAGUAAAAAUAUUAGAUGUUUGUAAAUUUGGAUUCCAAGCCACCUAUGUAUAUUGUGUGUCGGGGACUACGUAUGGGAGAUGUAGUCCACAAUAUCCGGAGUGCAAUAGUAACCCGCUCCUGAUAUAUAAUAAUGUUGACCUUGGCAUAGAGGUACAGGAUAUCCUAUGGUAUGCAAAUUAAUGAGAAAACCGCUCCGGUCUCCAUGUAAUUUAACUGUUAAAAAUUAACCAUACGGUAUGGCUUUUCCCAUACUGCCAGUAGGUUUCAUUAUCGUGCUAUGAGAAUUUUUAAUUAACUAUUAAGGUUAAAGACUGGAGAAUCAAGCAAAUCAUUCCAUACCCUAAUUUAGUAUAUGGUUUCCCAGAAGCAGCUGAAUUUGUAAUACGACUGCUAAACUUACAUCUAAAAUUUCAGUUAUUGUGGUGUUUUGUUUUGUAUUUUCACCAAGUUGGUCCCUGACUAAACUGAAUACAAUCAUCUUUGCUAAAAUGUAUCAAAUACUCCAUAGUCAAAUUAGUUCCCAUAUAUUUUAUUAUUUCUGUUAUUUAGAAAGUGCCAACAAAUUCAGUAGCACUGUACAAUAUGAUACAAGUGCAAUUUUGUAAUACAGGCGCUUAAACAGUGCAGAAAAUUGAAUCAGAACCACCUGUGUGUGAAUAUCUCCCGCUGUCACACAAUAUUAUUAAACCAAUGUAAAUUCACCUGUGUGGUAUAUACACCCAGCCCAGUUAUGGUGGAGCACUAUACCCCAAAUGUUAAACGGUAGUACAGCCUAUAAAAUAUAAACACGUACAUAGUGUAAUAUUGUCGAUAUAAAAGUGAUAAUGAGUGCUUACAUAUAUUACACUAUAUACAUGUUUAUAUUUUAUAGGCUGUACUAUCUUUUAACAUUUAGUGUAAGGGUUUUUAGCCUAUAGCGCUCCACCAUAACUGGGGUGGGUGUAUAUACCACACAGUUAAAUUUACACUGUACAAUAUAUACCUAUACUCAAAUUAGUUCCCAUAUACAUGUACCUAUACUCAAAUUAGUUCCCACAUAUAUAUGUACUUAUAAACCAUAGUUCAGUGGAAGCCGAUCCCAGAAAGAUUUUCUGUUGGACCUUCUUUUGGAUCAGUGAAAGUCCAGGAAAUAGCAGCACAGUCCACAGACCUAUCUUUCAGAUCACACUGUAGAAUUCAGUCAUUACCAUGAUCAGGUACCACAUCCUGCCGGCCUAGUUACCAAAUCAGAACUACAGUUUCUGGCUACAUUUCCAUGAUACUAAGCAAAUUGACUGUCAAAGGUUAGCCAUCAAUGAGCAAGUACACCAUUGAUUGAUCUCGUUCAUAGUGAUUAAUGUAAGUGGCCACUUGUUGAACCACUUGUUAGAUCAUUCUUUACAGUUCUAGAAACACACUGAAUAGAGACCAAGAACAAUAGUUAUCCAUAUAAGUGCAGUCUAGCCCUAUUCACACAAGUAGAUGAACAUAUCAGAUUUUCCCUACUAUUUGUGAGGUUUUAACUUAAUACUAUCUGACAACCAUCACUGUUGUUGUAUCGUAAAACACAACAUAUAGGCCAGUGCUGGUUGAUCUUUUUUGCCACAGCUAUUGUGUCUUUUUGUGAACUGUGGUUUGCAUGGUGAUUACGCAGUCCUUUGGUCAAAGGUUAGCCAUAACUAGACUGGACCAGUGAUUCUCAAACCAGUUCUCUAGGAAACAAACAGUUCAAGAUGUAGGAAUUCUCCAAUUCAGUGGAUACCAGUUGGUAGUCGUUCAGGACCACUGGUCUAGAAUUAAGUGUAUAGGAGAGGGAAGCCUAAACCAUGCCCAUUUGUUAUCAUACACAGCACCUCAUGAGCAUAUUGUCUUUGGUGAAUAUUGUACUUUGCCUUCCAGGUGUCCGCAAAUAUGGUAAAGAUUUUCAAGCUAUUGCAGAUGUAAUUGGCAACAAGACUGUUGGGCAAGUGAAGAACUUCUUUGUAAACUACAGGCGUCGGUUUAACUUAGAGGAGGUAUUGCAGGAGUGGGAAGCAGAACAAGGAACCCAGGCCUCUAAUGGUGAUGCUUCUACUUUAGGGGAUGACACUAAAAACACUUCUCAUGUGCCAUCAGGAAAAAGCACUGAUGAAGAAGAUGAGGUGUGUUUGUGUAUCCACAGUCUUGAGUUGAGAAGUUAUUGAUGAAUGACUGGUAAUUUGGUAGAUAAAAAGGUAGUAUUGAGCAGUGUAACAUAUAACCUGACAACUGUUUAGGCUUGAAUAUAAUGUAAAUGCUUCCAAAUGAAGCUCUGUAUAUGAUAAAACACCCUUGUGACAAUUAUUUGCUAAACAUAAGAACUUUGAAUAUAAUUAUGUGCUUUUUGGAAUCAUGUUAUUGUAUUCAUUGUAAGGAGGUUAUGUAAUGGUUAUUUGCAUAUACUAGUCUAAAGUAUAGUUUGCCUUUUUCAUUCUUUUAGACUCAAACCAAUCAAACAACUCCUCCCACAGGCCUGUCACCUCCAGCACAGACCUCUGUUCCAGCCCCAGCAGCCUCGGUAACUGCCUUGAAUCAGCCACCACCACUACUUCGACCAACACUGCCAGCUGCCCCAGCACUCCACCGGCAGCCUCCACCUCUCCAGCAGCAGGCACGAUUCGCUCAGCCAAGGCCCACCCUCAACCAACCUCCUCCACCGCUAAUCCGCCCAGCUAGUUCCAUGCCUCCUCGUCUAAACCCAAGACCAAUAGUGACCACAACAACUGGUCAGCAGCCACCAUCUCUUAUUGGGAUCCAGACUGAGCCACAGUCAACAAUGCAUUAAAAUUCAGAAUGGAAAUAGACUUAGUCUUAAAAUACCAUUGUGAGAUGAGGCAGAUGUCUUGAUUUCCCUGUUUUAGGGACAAUUUAGAAUGCUCCAAAGCCAAUUUUAAUGAUGGUCACCUGUUUUCUUUUGUAAGUGGUUUUGUCUUUUUUGUGUGUGUGAGCUUAUUUUGUGUGGUUUUUUUUUUUGUUUUGUUUUUUACUUUUUGUUUUGUUUGUUUCCAUCUUGCAUAUACUAAACUGCUAAUGAAAAAGCACCAGUGUAUCCCUGCAUUUUCACUUCUAGCAUUUGUUUUUGUAUGUAUGUAUGUAUAUACAUACACAGAAUAGCCAUAAGCUAAACCUAUACACCAGGGUUUUUUUUUUUGGUUUUUUUUUUGCAUAUGUUAAAUCAUAAUUGAACAACUCGUUAACCAUACUUACAGUAAAUAAGUCCCAUGUAAAUAUGGUCAGUAUUUAGAGAAGUUAAAUUCACAUAUCCUGAAUUUAUGUGGAAAAAAGUACUUACACCCCUAUUGUGGUUCAAACAACGACCUCAAUUACCACCGUAUCUGAUCUACUUACAGAACUGUUAAAUAGGCAUUAUGUCAUUCAAAGUAUUUUUAUUUAUUUUUUUAUACGCGUUUGAAAAGAAGAAGGAAAAAAAAAACAAUUAUGCAAUUGUUCAACCCAUACAGUUCCAUGAAAUGUGUUUUUAAUGUGGCAUACAUAAAUGAGAUUGUGAUUGUUAUAUAAUAUAGGUUUUAGUGGCGUGGUUUUUCUUUUAUGUUUUGUAUAUUUUUAUAUAUACCUUUUAUUUUAUUGAUCAUGUUUACUAGGAGAAUUCUCACUACAUGCAUUUGUAAAUUGUUUUAUGAGAUCAAGUGAUGAAUUAUAUUAUGUGUUUGUCUAAUUGUAUAAUGUUUAAAACAGUCUUUGUCCACAGAGCUGUCAGAAUAUGACUGUACAGUGUGAAAUAGUUCCUCAUUUUCCAUACGUGUAUGUGUAAAAACCAAUGGAUUUGUGUGCCCUUCUUUUUCAAGGGAUUAAUUUUUAAUAAAUUAUUUAUUGAGCAUAUUCUGAAAAGUGCACUUACCACUGUUAAUCUAAAACAUAGCGAUGAAAAAAAAACUGUUUUUCUAUUUUAUCCCCAGUUUCUCUCUUGCAGCUUUUUUUUCUUUGUUUAGUUGGGGGUGGGGAGGGGGGAAUUAGGGGUGGAUCUGACCAGUGCUUUGAAAUUUAGUUUAAUCAUAAUUAAUAAUUCUUGCAGUUGCUUAUGAUCAUACUGUCUAUUAAUACUAAACAUGUGUACAUUGCACAUGCUUUAGACUGCAGAUUGUUUCUAUGACCGGUAUUAUUUUUAGCAUAUCGAGUUCUUAUUAUGAGUGAUUAUGAUACAUUUUGAUCUUGUAAAUGAACCGCCCACUAGAGUGUUAAUGAUAAGUGAGCUGUUCAUAAAUGUGGACUCAUUCCUUAAUAAAAUAGUGCAGAUCUCAUUUAUAUCAAGUUAAUUAAUUGAUUAGGCCAAAUAUUGUUAAUGUUGUGGCCCAAAGUUGGGUCCUGAUAUUAUUUCAGUCUCCCUCACUGAUUGGAAGAGAUAAAACAUAUUGGUCAGGGCCCUACUAGUUGUACGCAAUACACACAGCUCUGCUAUUCUAGUACAACAGUUAAAUAAUGGGUUUCUGAACUUAUUUUUAAAUUUGAAGUCCUAAAGCUAUGCCUUGAGCCAAACGUGUGUCUCUAUUUAAAAGGGAAAAAAAGGUUAAGAAACUGCUGAAUUAGACCGUGACUGCCUAGUUCUGAAAUACGUAUCCCUCUGGUACUUAAAUUCAUUACAGUGACCAUCAUUGAGCCAGUAAAAUAAUACUAAUGUGCCAGUGUUUUAUUAUUGUCAUUUUUUUUUUUUUGUUACAUGGUUUUGUUUUGUUUUUUCCAUGUUUUAGUAAUACACUAGCUGCUAAUAUUAUUUUGGUUCAGUGUAAUUAAAAAAGUUGCAAAUGAAUUAGGCAAUUUCACAGUAUACUGCAUAUAACGCCUCUCAUCCCUCCUCCCCCCCCCCCAAAAAAAAUCUUUAAUUUUAAAACAGUGGUCUUGUUAGUUUAUUUGAAGGGAAUCUGUCAGUCGGAUAUAUUUUGUUUUAUGUAUCUUUUAAAUGUUUGUCCAGUGUAAAUGCAAAUGUAGAUGGCAGACUUGUGUAUGUUAAAUUGUAAUAAUUUCAAAUACAGUGAAAAAUGUGUUUUGUGAAACAAUUAUGUAUAUAUAUAUUUUUUCACCUUUUCUCAUGGCAUCAGAAAAUAUAGUUCAUGUAGAGUGACCAUAAAGCAACACCCAGGAAUGUGAAAUAUAUUUAAUUAGCCCAACUACACACACUUAUGAAUCUGGUAUAAAAUGGUCUAUUCUAAAAUUACUAGUUUAGUAUCAUGGGUAAUGCAGUUCCCAAACACCUGCAGUGGUAAGGUCAGCCAUGGUAUGUAGAAGAAAACUUAUCGAAGAACUAACACGUCCCAGGAUUCUUAGUAUCAUGUUUACUUAUCCACAUGUUUAACAAAUAUGUAUUUAAAGGGUGUAAAAAAAAUAAAAUAAAAUAAUUAAAUGUAGAAAUUCACACCACAGGGUACCUUCAUCUUAGCUCUCUGUCAAUCACUGUUAAUAAGCUCUCUCCUUACCACCUGGCAGUCAGGAUUGGGAGAAUAUACAGACAAAAUGAGAAAUUAAACAGAAUUUCUAUUUCUCCUCAUCGUUUGUAAUGUGUGUCCCAGUAGUGCCCUGUCUGAAAUGAAUUGUCUUAUCAUUUGCUAAAUCUUUCAUAUAAAUUUUUUAUUUUUUUUUAAAUCGGGUUAUAGGUGAUUCUUGAUGUUGUAUUCAAUGGUGUCAAUUCUGUAUCGUAAAACAAAUGCACCUUGCAGGGCUGGAAUUGUUCUGUUGUGCUAAAGUAAAUAUAUUCCAUAAAUAUUCUGUACAAAAUAAUAUUGUAUCAUUCUGCAGAAAAUAUUAUUUGUCUGAAAGAUUUUAUUAGAUGGAAUAAAUCUUUUAUAACUAGAGCAAUCAACCAGUGAGUAUGUAAGUAUUUUUACUUAUAAACUAGACAUGUUCUAUAAUGUGCACUUAUUUUAGACCAUUCUUGGCUGUUACAAUUUAUGAGAAAAGGCCUAUUGUGUGCCGUUAUUUCCUGAAUUGUAGAAAUCUAGAGGCCUCCCAGUCCAUUGCAGAAAACACAAUAGAGUACGAUUAUAAAGUUACCAACGCCUAAAGCUAUCUCCAACAACUUUUACAACUUGUCUGCUUAACUAGGAACGCAAGACCUAUUAGAGAGAAGGGGCACGUAAAAUAGCUUGAUUUAAGGUGGAAAUGAAUAGAUAUAAAUUCUUUCGUCAAGUGGUAAGCAUCUCAUCCUAUGGUACUUAUAUGGCGAAGGCCAACAAAGCUUAAAACAUUGUAACGGUUGUCAUAAUACAGGACAUAAUACAGAAUCUGCAUCAUAUAUUGGCUUGGGUACAUGUGGCCAGUGUUUAUGCCUUGAAUGGCUUAAGUAUCUUUGAGUUGUAAAUUAUGUAACGUUGAAUUGGUAAAGGCAUCAGACCAAUACAAGGAGCUAAUAAUAAUUAGAUGUGUAACAACUGUAUUUAAUCUUAUUACAUGUCAUUGAAUUGCAUUGUUGCUGUACUUUGAGAGAAUAAAUCGUAUCCAACACCUCAUAAAAUAACUAAUAGAGACCAUAGUACUUUACAAGUGGUUUAUCAUGUUUUUUUGUACUGGCAAAUCGUGUAAAUACCAGUUGUCUAUUUUAAUGUGUCUCAAACCAAGUUAUUUUAACAUAUUUUUUAUUUGUUCUGGUAAUUUGCUUGGUGCUUUGAUCGUAG